CUCGUGCAACAGUCCCUUGGGACCUCUAAAUAUCUCAGACAGCCUGCGGUGGGUGCGAGAAAAGACACAUCCGCGCGCGCGCACAUAACUCCAAGCUGUGAAAUUCAACGGUGCAACAUUUCCCCGGAAUCGGUUUUUUGUGUGUGUGUGUGUGUGUGUGUGUGUGCGCGCGCGCGCCCGCCCGCCCGCUUCGUGCCCUGUUCAAAGCCUGAUUCCGUUUCUUUCCCUCUGCUCGCCGGGCCCGUGAACCUAAACAUCAACCGGGGCCGGCUUCCCUUCCAGUCUCCUCCUCCUCUUUCUUCCUCCUCCUCUUUGCUACUGUUGCAUUUUGGGAGAGGAAGUGCCCGGACCACGUUGCUGCCGCUGGGAGCGGACGGAGGCGCGAGCGCAAAGCAUGGCCGCUUCCAGCAAGAGGUGAGUGUGGCUUGGCAGCCAGGUAGCCUCGCAGGCGCUUAACAGAGCUAGCUCUUUUUCUAGAAGAUGCAUGAUAUCAUAGAAUGGUAGAGUUGGAAGGGAUCCCCGAGGGUCAUCGAGCCCAAAUCCUUAAGCAAUGCAGGAAUCUCAUCACGCGGUCCCGCCUCCAUUUUGAAACCGGACCGGUCCCACCUUAGCUUUGCUCCAAAGAUACCUCCCAGCUGUCCCCUUGGAGGGUUUGCAUGGCUUGCGGUAAUUCGGGCUAUGGAGAAAGAGAGUAAUGGAAGUUCUCAUUCAUUUCCCCUGCGCGUGUUUGCGGAUUUCCCUAAAUCGUGGGGGGUGCAAGGAACACCUGGGAAGUUAAUGGAACAAUUUCUCAUCUUCUAAUCCCUGGAUCUGUUUUUAUUGGAAUUGGUUACUUGCGUGUCUUCAUGAUCAGUGUUUAUGGGGUUGUUUAUAUCGUGUGUUUUAAUUAUAGGUGCUCAUAUUUUAAUCUUUAUGUAAUUGGGUUUUUAUACUUCGCUUAGGAAUCUGCUUUGGCCUUAAGUAGAUAUACUGUACAGAUAAAUUAAUAACAACAAUAACAACAACAACAAUAAUAAUAAUACAAGUAAUAUACUUUUUUUUUUUAAGUGGGGAAUUCAUUUCAUUGAACACAGUAGGAAUUAUUUUCUUUUUUUCCUGAGAAACAGUACUGAAGUAUAUGGGCCAUUGGCCUGACCCAGCAGACUUCUUACUAGGUUUCAUGGUGGGUUACAGCAAUUAACACACAAUGUUAAAAACGGUUUAAAACAACUUACAAUCACCUUGAGGUAUUCAGGGUCCUGGGCCACGUAAGGUUUUAUAGGUCAAAACCAGCCCUUUGAAUUGAACCCAGAAACUAAUCUGAUACAAUUGCUAAACGAUAAUAAAAAUAACUUCAAGUCACAAUGCAUAAAACACCACAAAACAUGCAAAACCAUGUAGAAGGAUCAAAUUGAGAAACAAGGAUUCAUAACUUAUAAAAUUAUUGUUUUGAAAUAUCCUUGAAUUUCUCUCUUCCCAGCUGCUUCUGCUGUACUCAAAAGUCAUGGUUUGGGAAAGGCUUCUAGCUAGGGCUGAAAGGUGGGGCAGGGCAGGUGGAAAAAGCCAUUGCCUGAUGAACAGCAGAAUGUCUCUCUCCCCUCACAGUUCUUUAAAUUUGUUAGUUGCUUUCUCUUGCCCAAAGCAACCCAAAGUGACUUACAACCAAACAAACAGACAGAAAAAAAACCCCUAUAGAUGCAUUGAAACCAAUUGUUGUUAUAUACAUAAUUUAAACAAAUACGUUUAAUUAAUAAAUAAUGAUCAGUAGUCAGUGCAGUCAGACCAUUACAACUGAAAGAAUGGGGGUAAGAAAGUCCUCUGUUUGCCCAGGCUUGUGGCCAUUCAAUCCUGAGCUAUGGUCCUUGGUUGAUGCUCUUGACGUCUGAAAGGCAGAUUUUUCCAGCGAUGUUCACACCUCUCUUGUUUUUUGAAACUCUGUUCUUUGUCUUUUGUUUACCCAUUUUGUCCCUUGCCUCCCUGGGAACAGAAAACUCGCUGAGCUGAGUGUGGAUGAGUUCUUGACUUCCGGAUUUGAUUCUGACGCGGAUGACGAGUUGCAGGAGGAAGCCUUGAAUUCCAGAGAGGAUGGGGUUCAUAAAAAGCUCAGCCAGAAUGGGAAGGCCCCCGUCAAGAAGAAAGGGGGGCUAAAAUUGAAAGCUGUGGAAAAGUAAGAGAGGAAAACAUUCCUUGUUUUUAGAAUUUUCUAAAAUGCUUUUCAUAACAUUUUGAAAUGUACAAAACAAACCGCAGAAAAUACUUUUUUUGUUUUAAAAACAUUUGAAAUACAGUGAAGUACAGUGCAUUAGAGUAAUAGUUUUAGCUAAUUUUUAUUUUAUAUAUUUCAUCUUUGUAAAGCGCUUGGAGACUCUUGUAGUUUGAGGGUAUAUGAGUUGUUCAAAUAAAAAAUAAAAUAAAUGAUAUCCAACUACGGUUUACUCAGAGCUUCCCCCCCAUAAUGUUUUGUUUUUUCAUUUUAUAAUGUAUAUACAGUGGUACCUCGGGUUAAGUACUUAAUUCGUUCCGGAGGUCCGUUCUUAACUUGAAACUGUUCUUAACCUGAAGCACCACUUUAGCUAAUGGGGCCUCCUGCUGCUGCCGCGCCGCCAGAGCACGAUUUCUGUUCUCAUCCUGAAGCAAAGUUCUUAACCCGAGGUACUAUUUCUGGGUUAGCGGAGUCUGUAACCUGAAGCGUAUGUAACCCGAGGUACCACUGUAAAACAGAGAGCAAAUACAGCAACAGAUGAAAAUUAGAAGAUGAAAAACAAAUCUAUAAAAUAGGCAUGUAGAAUGAGUGCAGUUGCACAUGGGUAAAAAAAAAAAAAGCCCAAGUAAAGACUUACCAGCGUUAUCAAUUUAUCAAAUAUAGUUCCAGAUUUGCCAGCCUUGUGAGAAGAGUCGUCUUGAAAAUGAUGGUUCUGCUGUAUAUGUAAUGAAAGAACACCAAGUCAUAAAAAGUGUCUGGUGGUUCUAGCCCUUGUUAUAAUGGAGAAAAUUAUGCAUAAUUUUCUCCAUUAUAACUAUACCUUGGAAGUCAAACAGAAUCCGUUCCAGAAGUCCAUUCGACUUCCAAAACGUUUGGAAACCAAAGUGUGGCUUCUGAUUGGCUGCAGGAAGCUCCUGCAUCCAAUUGGAAGCUGUGGAAUCCCCAUUGGACGUUUGGCUUCCAAAAAUAGUUCACAAACCGGAACACUCACUUCUGGGUUUGCGGCGUUUGGAAGCCAAAGCGUUCGAGAACUAAGCUGUUUGAAAACCAAGGUACGACUAUAUUCAAAUGUACUUAGAGGGGACCCAUUGAAAUUAAAAAAAGAUAGAGAAAAGACGAAUAAGAGGUGACAUGACAAGAUUAUAAAAUUAUGCAUGGCAUGGAGAAAGUGGGUAGAGGAAAUACUUUCUGCCUCUCCCAUAACAGUAGAACUCGUGGACAUGCAGUGAAGCUGAAUCCUGGAAGGUUCAGGGCAGAUUUUUAAAAAGUACUCCAUGCAGCACAUAGACUAUGGAACUUGAUCUCCCUGGAGGCGAUGAUGGUCUCCAACUUUAAAAGAGGAUUAGAGAAAGUCAUGGAGAUUGAGGCUGUCGUUGGCUUCUAGCCACAAUGACUGUGCUCUUUCUGCGCAGUUAGAGGCAGGAGAAUACUGCUGUGUUUGGGUCUUGCUUGCAAGUUUCCUAUAAGCCUCUGGUUGGCUGCUGUGAGAACAGGAUGCUGGACUAGAUGGGCCUUUGGCCUGAUCAGCAGCCAGGCUCUUCUUAAAUUAGUUACAAUUUCAAACGGUUGUGUGCCAAACCCCUGAAAUGUACAGUGGUACCUCGGGGUACAGACGCUUCAGGUUACAGACUCCGCUAACCCAGAAAUAGUACCUUGAGUUAAGAACUUUGCUUCAGGAUGAGAACAGAAAUCGCGCAGCAGCAGCGGGAGGCCCCAUUAGCUAAAGUGGUGCCUCAGAUUAAUAAUAAUAAUAAUAAUAAUAAUAAUAAUAAUAAUAAUAAUUUAUACCCUGCCCUCUCCAGCCAAGGCCGGGCUCAGGGUGGCUAACAAGCAAUAAUAAAAACAAGUUGAAUGAAUACAACUUAAAAACAAGAUUAAAAUAUUGAAACAUUAAAAUGCAGCCUCAUCACAGGAGGAGAAAGGAAAAAGAAAGAGGGGGAGGGAAUCAAAUUGGCUCCAAGCCAAAGGCCAGGCAGAACAACUCUGUCUUACAGGCCUUGCGGAAAGAAAUCAGAUCCUGCAGGGCCCUGGUCUCAUGAGGCAGAGCGUUCCACCAGGCCGGAGCCAGUGUUGAAAAGGCCCUGGCUCUGGUUGAAGCUAAUCUAAGGUUAAGAACAGUUUCAGGGUAAGAAUGGACCUCCAGAGCGAAUUGAGUUCUUAACCCGAGGUACCACUGUACAUCCAAGUUAUAAGCAAUUGUUUCUAAAUCUCUGUACUUUCAAAGUCAGCUCUUGAUUUUUAUUUUAUUUUAAAGAAACCACAAUUCAUCUCCUCUGAUCAGGAAACUGAAGACAGGGAGGGCUUCCCAACACAAAGACCAGCUCUCCCGGUUGAAGGAACGGGAUCCGGAAUUUUACAAAUUCUUGGAAGAAAACGACCGCACGCUGCUGAAUUUCGAUGCCUCCGAUAGCUCUGAUGAAGAGGAUGGGCUUCACGUGUUGCCUGAAAAGCUAGAGGUGAUUUGUUUCUGUUUUAAAAAAAGAUAUAUAAACUGAUUUUCAGUGAUGCUCUUGGACAGUUGCAUAAGGUCCACCUAGUGCCGACCUUAACAUCAUUUUAGUGCCCAUUGAAUACCUCUCUCUUCCCCAUGGUAUUUGACAGAUUAUGGUGAAUAUUUCAGUUUAUUCCUGCUUUCUGCUGCUGAGGUUUUGCUGCUUCAUUGGGUCUGUUUACAGGUCUUUGUAAUGGCUUUGUUUUAAGCCAUUCUAUGUUUUUUGCUUCAUCUUGACUCUUUAUUUUUCAUGAGUUGCUUGGAUACAGGUUUGCUUGAUUUUUGUAACAAGAGACUAAUCAUUUUAUUUAUUUGACUUCUAUACUGCCCUUCAUCAUAAGAUUGCAGGGUGGUUCACAAUAUAAAAAUACAAGGUAAAAGCAAAAAUAAAUAGUUAAAACACAACAAAACAAUAACUCUUCCUUCCACAAGUAAAAAAAUAAAAUACUGAUGCACUGUUAGUCCUUACUUAGGUUAGACCCAUUGGGUGGUGCUCAGCUAAAUGUUACUUGGAAUAGUCCCAUUGAAAUUAAUGAAAAUGUGUAAGCUAUGUCAGUUAAUUUCAGUAUUGAAGCCUUCUUGCUACAGUAUGUCUAUGCUGAAUAAAACUUAGCUGAAUACCACCCACUGGAAUGAAUGGGGCUGUCUGUCUUAGGCCCUUGUAUUUCAGCCGGUGUUCUCUGAGUAGGAUUUGGUUGGCUACAACUACAUUUUAAAAUGGCAAUUUAAAAAGCAUUGAUUCCUUAAAAACAGAUCACAAUAAAACAAUACACCACACAACAAUAAAAUAAAAUGGCGGCAGGAAGCCUCAGUCUCCGGCGGGGAGGGAGAGGAACUCUUGAUUCUAUGAAGAAAACACGGUGUCACCAUUUGCACCUCUUGAGGCAGAGAAUUAUGGGAGACAGGCCAUGACAGAAAAGGCCUUGUCUCUUGUCACCUGUCUGGCCUCGGAAGGCAGUGGGACCCAAGAGGAAGACCUUGGAGGCGAGCAAGAAAAUCCAUAGCUGGAGAUGUUUUAUGGAUGUUAUGAUAUGCUGUGUCUGCAAAGAGUUUUCCCAGGCUGAGGACGCAAGUUUUGUGAAAGACCGUGCAACAUUUCAUAAUGAAACGGUGAGUUUAUAGUUCUAUUCUGCAUAUACAAUUUUCUACAUUUGCUAAAUGUGACAGUUUUGUGAUACGGAAGGAAGUGAGUGGCAUCUGACUUCAGAGGACUAAGUGAUUUAAAUUCUCAGGGAUGGGGAGCCCAGAAGCUGCUUUAAGAUCCAGAUGCUGUGAAAAGCGGGAUAUAUUCUGUGCUAUUAUAAUAUCCUUGAGCAAUGUUUCCUUUUGAGAUGUCUAAGUUUUUUUUGUUAGCUGUUCUGCGUUAUUAAAUGCGCAUUUUAUAGUUACCUCCUUUGUAACUAUAUUUUCAAAUCUUUGUAACUAUAUUUUGAAAUCUUUAAGAAAGUACUUUAGUUUCCUGUUAAUUGUGGUGCUUUGAAUGUGUUACACGGAUUUUAAGGCGCAAACACCUAGCAGCCUCUCCUCCCCCCCCGCAAAUACCAAUCCUUCAAUCUUCAACAAUUUAGGAAAUAUCCCUUUGAAAAAGAGACAAUUUAUUUUAGUGGAUAUAACUUAGACAGGGCAAAAGCAGGGGUAUUUUUAGCCUCCAGUUGAACUGUGAGACUCCCUUCCAAAUCAUAGCUGUCAAGUGUCCCUUAUUCCAGCGCCAUGUCCCGCUGCUGUCCCUUAUUGAUGAAUGUCCCUUAAAUGAUGUCCCUUAAAUUUCAAAGGAAGCAGCUCCUCUCCCUCCCUCCCUCCCUGCCGGCCAGGGAGGAGGGAGGCUCCAACUGUGUUGCUUGGCUGUGUUCUCACCCAAUAAGAAGUCUAAGAAUGACUGGGGGGUGGAGCUUGCAUGCCUUGUGUGUGGCUAGUUAAUGCAAGCUGAGGGGGUUUUUGAAUGCUGGACGCCAUUUUGUUGCACGUGCUGCUGCAAACUUUGCAGUGCAAAACCAGGCCGGGAGCCAUCUUAAGUUGAGGCUGCAUAGGCCUUGUGGUGCAUGUGAUUCAGAUUCUAUUCAGUUGAACCUCUGGUUACAAAGUUGGUUGGACAGUGUUCUCGAAGCUACCAGCAUGAGUUUGACCAGACUGCAGGAGGACAGGAAGACUGGAGUGCCUGGAACAGGUGAGGGUGCAGGUCCCUUAUUUUCAAGGCUGCUGGUCCCUUAUUUUCAAAUCUGUAAGUUGACAGCUAUGUCCCAAAUAGGUAACAGGAAGGUCUUGAUAAGAACUUUCCCAAUAUAGACUGGCUGAGUUCUUUUCACUUGCAAAUACCUCAAACCUGUAAAUGGUUUAACUUCUGCUAGCCUUCUGCAAAAAAAUAAAAUAAAAAAUGGACCUGACAGAGGGAUAUCUGCUAUGUAAAUGGAGACAGUUCUUUGUCCAUAGACUCUAUGGAUAAAUGAGAACAGCAUUUAAAUAGAAUUCUCCAGGAAAGCAAUUAACAUGUAUCCUAAUCUAUGAUUGACAGACUUUUAAGGAUGUUUGGGAUGAGAAAUUUGAUCUCUGAGCUUGGUCUGAUUUACAUGCACAACCCAUUUGUGUGACUUUUGCAUGAUGCUUUUGGGUGGUCCCUGGCUAAAGGGCUGGGCAAUUUCCAUGUGUCUUUGAACUGGUUAGAAACUUUUGCUCUGGGCUUCCUUCCCCACCUCCCUGCACUUGCAAACAGAACAAUAAAGAUCAGCCUUGCAUUUGCCUCCGGGUUCCUGCCCUCCGCUCAUUCUCUGACCAAAAAAUGAACUUAGGGGAUGCUAGGUCCCUUGAUGGGAAGUUGGACUUUAAAGUCAACCCCAUGUUUUUGUAUAACAAAUGUAUAUUUAAAUUUGACUUAAGGUGCACAAGGUUUUUUAUUUAAUUUUCCUGAGAAGGGAUCCUUGUUUGGCAUAACUAUGGGACUGAUUCGGUUGUCAUUUGCAUUCUCCUAUGUUUCCACCUUCCAAGCUACCACUAGCACAGUGAUGCACUUGUGGAAUCGCUAUGGAUGCAUUGUGGCAUGAAUAAGGAUUAGGCUUAAAACGUUUGCUUUUGGGCACAUUACUCUCUUUUGUGCAAGUAAAAAAUCCAAAACUUUUAAUACACUAUCCAGUAAAGCCCUAGAGCUAAACUUGCAAUUGUGGCCAUAAUAUUGUGGAUGCGCCCUACUAAGAGCAGCUGCUGCUGCUUCUUUUUUUUAAAUAAUUUUUAUUAAUUCUUUUUUUUUUUUAAAGAAUAUUUAUUCCAAUUUUAAAAUUACAAAAAAAUAUAUAGAAAAAAAAACAAACCACAUACAUCUUACAAAAAACAGUCAGUAAAAAAGAAAAUAAAAAGACAAAAAAUCACAAUAGAAAAUAACAAAAAUCAAAUUAGACCAUUACAACCGUCUUCCCAUUUACUUAUUUCCAUGACUUCCUCUCACCUCCCUGCUUUGUAUUCUAGUUUAAAUCGUAUCUCCAGCAAAUCCUUCUAACCUUUUCUUUUACUUAUUUUAACAUUCGAAAGUAUUUAAUUCUCCUCUAUCCUCAUUUUACACUUCAUAUUUACUUAUUCCAUUAUACCCUGUCUGCCAAUACGGUCUAAUAUUCUUCUCCAACCUUUUCUAACAUUCUUUUAUAUUACAGUGUUUCUGAAGAUAUAUUUUAAAUUUUUUCCAGUCUUCUUCCAUCAACCCUUCUUCCUGAUCUCGAAUUCUGCCGGUCAUCUCAGCCAGUUCCAUAUAGUCCAUCACUUUCCUCUGCCAUUCUUCUCGGGUAGGCAAUUCUUGUGUCUUCCAGUAUUUCCCAAUAAGUAUUCUUGCCGCUGCUGUCGCAUACAUAAAAAAAUUCCUGUCUUCCCUUCGCACCAAUUGGCCGACCAUGCCCAAGAGGAAAGCCUCUGGUUUCUUCACAAAAGUGUAUUUCAAUACCUUUUUUAAUUCAUUAUAUAUCAUUUCCCAGAAGGCCUUGAUCUUUGGGCACAUCCACCAAAGGUGAAAAAAGGUUCCUUCAUUUUCUUUCCAUUUCCAACAUUUAUUAUCGGGCAAGUGAUAGAUUUUGGCUAGCUUGACUGGGGUUAAGUACCACCUAUAGAUCAUUUUCAUUAUAUUUUCUCUUAAUACAUUGCAAGCCGUAAACUUCAUACCUGUGGUCCAUAACCGUUCCCAGUCAGCAAACAUAAUAUUAUGCCCAACAUCUUGUGCCCAUUUAAUCAUAGCAGACUUAACCAUUUCAUCCUGUGUAUUCCAUUUCAACAGCAGAUUAUACAUUCUUGACAGAUUUUUAGUUUUAGGUUCUAACAAUUCCGUUUCCAGUUUAGAUUUUUCCUCCUGGAAACCAAUCUUAUUAUCUACGUUAAAAACCUCCCUUAUUUGAUAGUAGUGAAGCCAAUCUCGAACUUUAGUUUUUAAUUUAUCAAAGCUCUGCAAUUUUAAUUUAUCUCCAACUUGUUCUAAAAUUUCACAAUAUUUUGGCCAGUUUGUCUCCAUAUUUGUUUUUUUCAAUGCCUUUGCCUCCAUUGGUGACAGCCACCUUGGUGUUUUACUUUCCAACAAAUCCUUAUAUCUCACCCAAACAUUAAACAAUGCUUUCCUGACAAUAUGAUUCUUAAAGGCCUUAUGCGCUUUAACUUUGUCAUACCAUAAAUAUGCAUGCCAUCCAAACACAUUAUCAAAACCUUCUAGAUCUAAAAUGUCCACAUUUUCAAGAAGUAGCCAAUCUUUCAGCCAACAAAAAGCGGCUGAUUCAUAGUAAAGUUUAAGAUCUGGCAGGGCAAAUCCCCUCUUUCCUUCGCAUCUGUUAAUAUCUUAAAUUUUAUUCUAGGCUUUUUGCCCUGCCAGAUAAAUUUGGAAAUAUCUCUUUGCCACCUCUUGAAACAGUCCAUUUUGUCCACAAUUUGCAAUGUUUGAAACAAAAACAACAUUCUAGGCAAUACAUUCAUCUUUAUCGCUGCAAUUCGGCCUAACAAUGAUAACUUCAAUUUUGACCAUAUUUCUAAAUCCUUCUUCACUUCUGACCAACAUUUUUCAUAAUUAUCUUUAAACAGAUUCACAUUUUUGGCAGUCAUAUUCACCCCUAGAUAUUUCACUUUAUUAACUAUUGUUAAUCCUGUCUCUUUCUGAAACCUCUCCUUCUCAAUCUCUAUAAGGUUUUCUCUAAUACCUUAGUUUUCGUCUUGUUUAAUUUGAAACCUGCUACUUGACCAAAUUCUUGGAUUAAUUGUAAUACUCUUUUUGUGCUAGCUUCUGGCUCCUGUAAUGUCAAAACUAAAUCAUCAGCAAAAGCUUUCAAUUUGUACUGUUUAGCUCCGAGUUGUAUACCUUUAACCAAUUGGUCUUUUCUAAUCAUAUUGAGCAAAACCUCCAGGACCGAUAUAAAAAGCAAUGGGGAGAUUGGGCAACCCUGUCUUGUUCCUUUCUCUAUCUUAAAUUCUUCUGUAACUACAUUGUUCACAAUAAGCUUGGCUUUUUGUUCCGAAUAAAUUGCACCUAUACCAUUUUCAAAACUUUGACCUACCCCAUCCCCUGCAAAUUUUUCUUCAUAAAACUCCAAGAAAUAUUGUCAAACGCUUUCUCUGCAUCUACAAAUAUUAAGACAGCUUUAGUAUUGAUAUUAACUUGCAAUUUUUCCAAAAUAUUAAUAAUAUUCCUAGUAUUAUCUGACAAAUGUCUCCCAGGGAGAAAGCCCGCCUGGUCUUUAUGAAUCUCUUUUACCAAUACAUUUUUAAUCUUUUAGCCAUAAUUUCCGCAAAAAUUUUGUAAUCCACAUUAAGUAGGGAUAUGGGACGGUAGUUCUUCAACUGUGUCUUCUCCACUUCGGUUUUUGGUAUAAGUGUAAUGUAUGCUUCUUUCCACGACUCGGGUGCUUUUCCUCCCCGUAGUAUUUCAUUGCAAAGUUCUUUCAGCGGUUGCAAUAACCAUUCUUUCAAAGUUUUGUAGUACUUUGCAGUUAGUCCAUCCGGUCCUGGAGAUUUGCCCAAUUUCAUAUUCUGAAUGGCUCCUUCCACCUCUUGAUCAGAUAUUGUAGAGUUUAAUAUUGAUUUACUCUCUUGAGAUACUUUUUGUAAUCCAUCAUUUUUCAAAAAUCGGUCAAUGUCUAAUUCUUUCUGAGUCUCCUGCGUAUAUAACUGUUUAAAAUAGUUCUGAAAGCACUUCCGAAUCUCUCCAGGAUUCUGUAUGUUCUUCCCUUCUACUACCAAGUUCGUAAUCAUAUUCAGCUUUUGUCUUUUUUUCAUUUGCCAGGCCAGGCCAGUAAUUUCCCACAUUUAUUUGCUGAUUCGAAAGUCUUUUGUUUCAUCUGUUUGACCUUCCAUUCUAUCUCCUGGUUCAUCAAUUUCAUAUAUUGUACUUGGUAUAGCUUUAUCUCUUUUAGAAUCUCCUGUGAGUUCGGUUUCGCCCUCAGUCUUUUUCUCCAUCCUUAAUUUUCUCCAAGAUUUUUCUCUCUUCUCAUUUUGAUAUCUUUUCCUAAUUGCGUUUUGUUGUAUCAAAAUCCUCUCAUCACCGCUUUGCUGGCAUCCCAAAUCACUCUUUUUCUGUCGUGGUAUUCAAAUUUAUCUCAAAAUAGUCUCUCAAAUUCUUCUGAGCCUUUUUAAUAAUUUCCUCAUUCCUAAAUAAGGUGUCAUUCAUCCUCCAUCUAAAAGCUCCAAUUGGCGUUGGUAUCAUUUCAAUCUUUACCGGGUUGUGAUCAGAGCAAAUUUUCGGGCAAAUCACCGCUUUUUAAUCUUAGGGGCCAGUCCUCUAGUUAUCCAGAUUUGGUCUAUUCUUGUCCAUGUCAUAUUUGCUUCAGAGAAGAAGGUUCCCUCUCUUUCCAAGGGGUUCUUUAUUCGCCAAAUAUCCACAAGAUCCAUAUUGUCAGUCAUUUCAAAAAAUGUCCUUGGUAAUCUUCCAUCUUUUGUAAUUUUUAUUAAUUUUCAAUACAGAUAUAUAUAUCACAUCACAUCCAAAUUUAUCACACUUUUACACUUUUGGACUUCCUUCAGCAUCUCUGACAAUCAUCCGUAGUUGAAUUUUUGUUUCGCAUUUCCUAAUUUUAAUAUUGCCUUUUAAUAUACCCUCUCCCUUUUGUUUUCUUUUUAACAGUACUCCUCAAACUUUCACAGAGCUUCUUGAAACCCCACAAGCGUUGUUUGCUCAUCACAUAUGCUUUUCAGAUACUCCACAAAUUUCCCCCAGUCUUCGAUGAACUUAUGGUCCCGUGAAUAUCUAAUCUUCCCGGUUAAUUUAUCCAAUUCUGCAUAGUCCAUCAGCUUCAUUCUCCAAUCUUCCAACGUCGGUAGUUCCUCUUGUUUCCAUUUUUGGGCCAAUAGUAUUCUUGCCGCUGUUACUGCAUAUUGAAAAAGUUUACAGUCUUUUCUAUUUAUUUUGUUUCCCAUUAUUCCUAAAAGAAACGCUUACGGUUUUUUUACAAAUGUAUAUUUCAACAUCUUUUUCAAUUCAUUAUAUAUCAUAUCCCAGAAACCUUUCACUUUCUUACAGUCCCACCACAUAUGGUAAAAUGUCCCUUCUUUUUCUUUACAUUUCCAACACUAGUUACAUUUUUUGAACAUUUUCGCUAAUUUAACCGGUGUAAUAUACCAUCUAUAUACCAUUUUCAUUACAUUUUCCUUUAAUGCAGUACAUGCUGUAAAUUUUAUAUUUUCUUUCCAUACUUUUACCCAAUCAUCAAAUUGUAUAUUAUAUCCCAAGUCUCUGGCCCAAUGUAUCAUGACCGACUUAACUUCCUCGUCCUUCGUAUACCAUUCCAACAGUAUUUUAUACAUUUUUGACAAACUUUUAUAAUCAUUGUUUAUUAUCUCUGUUUGAAAUAUUGAGUCUUUUUCUACAUAUCCCUUUUCUUUAAGAUCCUUUUUAAACAUUUCAUUUACUUGAAAGUAAUGCAACCAAUCAUAUACAUAUUUUUUAACCUCAUAAGAUUUCAUUUUCCAUUUUCCUCCUUCUUUAACUAUCAAUUCUCCAUAGGUAAUCCAACUCCCUCUCAUAUUGAUUUUCUUUACACUCAUAACCUCUAACGGAGAUAACCAGUGUGGAACUCUUGGUUCUAAUAGGUUUUUAUACCUAUCCCAUAUUUCAAUUAAAGAUCUCCGGAAGAUGUGGUUCUCAAAACCUUUAUGGAUCAUCUUCUUCUCACACCAUAGAUACGCGUGCCAUCCAAAUCUGUUAUAAAAUCCUUCCAAGUCUAGUAACUCUUUAUUUUCUAAUUUUACCCAUUCUUUCAACCAACAGAGACAUGACGCUUCAUAAUAUAAUUUCAAGUCUGGCAAGAUGCUUCAUAAUAUAAUUUCAAGUCUACUAAGAGCAGCGUCACACCAGUUUUGGACAUUUACACCAGUUUGCAAUGUUAAGGAAGGUUCUGCAAAUAAAAGCGCUUUCUACAUUCAUGAGUAUUCACUUUGGGCAUGCUAAUUGCAAGUGUACAAUCACGCAGAAGGCUGCAGCUUUGUUAGUAACCUGUCGGUGGUUUCAAGUUGUGCUAGCAACCAUCUGGUGGUGGCAAGUUGUGCCUAAUGGCCGAACUUCCAGCUGCAGGAAAGUUCGGAGGAAACCAGCCAUUAACAGUGGCAGAUUUUAAUAUGACCAUUUUUUCCUUGUUAUUAUUAGGCUGCAAGUUACUUUUGCAGCUAAAACCAGACAUAGGCACAAACACUUCCUAUCUUGCAUAAGUCUUAACUUGCUGCUCUACUACCACAUCAAAAGUUAUGGAAACCUAUGAAGAAUUAUAGCCCGAGGUGGGUGCUACAUCUGCACAGCUCCUCUGUUCUUUGUCUUUCUGUUUUUCGUGUGACAUUAUCCUUGCAAGACUCCAUGCAUUCAGGCAAAUAGCCUGCUGCUUUACUAUCUCUUUGAUGAAACAAAAGUGGUGAAUGCUCUAGGGUGGGGUUUUUUUUGUGGCGGGUGUUGUUCAUUUGUUUUUUGUCCAUAUGCUCUCAUCUGUUCCUGUUUUAAAAAUUGCAGCAUGCUCUUAUCUGUAAUUAAUAAUGCCACAAACUCUUACAAAGUCUGUGUGGGGCUGGCAGGACUCUUCAUUCUCUCUCUCAUGAAAGACCUAGAGAGUCUUCCUUGUGCUCAGAGAGUUGGCAGAGGAGGAGCUGGCUGAGAUGGGGCUGUCAUACCACCAGCAGGGUAAUUGGACCAGGCUCCCAUGGCUGAUAUUUCAGAGCCCAUGGAGCCCCAAGGCUGGUUGUCCAAAUGCUGCACAUCAAGCCUCACUUGCUGUUGGAAUUGAAUUACCAUUCCUCCUACUACCAUGAGCAGAGAUAGACGGCAGAAAGGCAAACAAGUGCUGUUCAGUAAUGUUUUAUCCUGGAUUGUUUUGUUUGAUGUUUUAGAGUGGUGUAAACCACUUUGAGAUUUUUUUAAAUUUAAAAUACAAAGCGGUUUAGGAAUGAAAUGAAUAAUAAUAAUAAUUUCAUUUUCCUUCACUUUUUCAGAUAAGAAAACAUGGUGCAUCUGCUACUUACCAAGCAGAUGAAUCUUCCAAGUCAAGCCCAAUGGCACAGACAUUAAAAACAAUGGACAGUGAUUUGCGCAUGAAGGUGGAGAAGCUGUUCAACAUUGCAUACUUCGUUGCAAAGGAGAACCUUUCAUUUGAGCUCUUCCCAAUGAUAUGUGCGCUCCUGAGGAAGAUUGGUAUAAGACUAGGCGAGGCGCACACGGAUGACGAGGCGGCAAAACAGAUCGUGCAUUACAUUGCUGAAAGCCUGCGUCUGGACCUCAGGGACAAAUUGAGUAAAGCAGAGUUCUUUGGGAUUUUGGCUGAUGGCUCAACAGAUAGGUUGGCUGUCGCAGCUGACAUAAUUUACUUUUAUUAUAUAUUUGAAGGCGGACUGAAGUGUAGUUAUGGAGCUGUUAGGCAAUGUACUAGUGAGAAUGCAGUAGAUGGGACAUCUACAAUUGAGUCAGUUCUCCGUGAUUACGUACCCGACUGGAAAAGCAAGCUAACGGCGAUAAGUUUCGAUGGGACCGGUGCUAAUAUGGGGACUGUGUCUGGCGUAGCAAAACAGUUCCAGGACAACUGUCCAGGUUUAGUGGCAGUUCAUUGUGUAGCUCACCGACUGGAGCUUGCGAUAGGUGAUGCCUUCAAGUGUGUAAAAUUUGCUAGGGUCGCCGAAGAUGUUGUGUGUGGUAUAUACACAUUUUACUACAGUCGUCCUGAAAGAGCGAACGUGCUGAAAGAUAUUGAUGAAGUACUGAGCGAAAAAGCACUUCGCCACAUAGGUAUUCGCAGAACCAGCUGGUUGCAGUCAAAGAACCGUGUUGUGAAGGCAUUGGCAAACAAUCUCCCACUAGUGGUGGCAGAUUUGGAGCAGAUUGUGAGUGGUUCUGGUGCAGAGUCAGAACUGAAGGAGUACUUGGAGCGUUUGAAGUCGGAACGGUUUGUAAGGUUUUUGUUUCUCAUGCACGAUGUUUCGAACACACUUGCGAGACUAUCUGAGGCGUUUCAGAGGAAGUGUGUGUCGGUUAAUGAAGUUGAAAUCAGUUUGGCUUCGGCAAGAGAAAGGCUGCGGAGGAUGGUGAAAGAAAGUGGCCCUCAGCUGCGAAAAUUUGAAAGUACCGUGCAAUUGGAAGACGGCGUGUUAGUGUACAGAGGUGUGAAAAUUGCUUGUAGUGCAAGUGAAAUGGAGUGCUUUGAGGAAGAUCGACGUGUCUUGCUGAGUUCAAUUGUGGAAGGAAUAGACAAACGGUUGGACAGUAUCAGAAACGACAAAGUUCUACGAAAUGUGGAAAUAUUUGACCCAUGCAACGUACCCGAGCCAGUCGGUGAAAGGGACUUGUCUACAAGUAACCAUGGAGAAAGAGAAUUGAGUGAACUGAUGCAAGCAUUGCCUAUCAAUGUAAAAGUCGACAAGGAAGCCAUCAUGGAGGAAUAUCAGGAUUUUAAAGUGUGGGCUCGGAAUAAGAGAGUCAUCACAUGUGAAGAAGCUUGGCAGCGUCUUCAAGCAGAGUCAACAGCUUCUGAUUCAUAUAUUAAUAUAUGUAAAGUUUUGAACUUUUUGCAGGUUCUCCCACUUAGUACUGCAGAAUGUGAGAGGGGCUUUAACCAGUUAAAUCUGAUUGAAACAGACAUUUGGAAUAGUCGGCUUGUGACUACCGUUGACGACUUACUAAUGAUCCAGAUGAAUGGCCCCAACCUGGAGGUUUUCAAUCCUGAAAAUGCAAUUAAUUUGUGGUGGAAGGAUGUUGCUAUAGAGCAUAUUGGAAGACCAGACUUCUAAAAAGAAAAACUAUUUUCGAAACUGAAGUGUGGUAGCAAUAUUUUCUAUUGUAGAAGCAAAAUUAAACAUCUAAUUCAAUUUAUUCAUUCACCUUUUGUAACAAACUUUGCAGUUUUUUGUCCUUGUCAUAGUACUCUUAAUAAAUUGUGCAGUAAUCUUAGCAAAUGAAUUAGUGUUACGCUAUUGUAACGAUCAUGAUGCCACUUAUAAUUGGUUUAUGGAUUUAGCACUAGCACUACAUAAAAUAUUACUGACAUACAAAGCUGUGUUACAUACAAGUGUAGCACAAUAUUUUAUAUAAUGCACACACACAUACAUAUACUGGUAUUUAUAAAUAUAAGCCCCAUAUAGGUUUAUAGUGUCCCAGUAGCAAUUGCUAUUAAAAAUGUGAUAUUGAAAAUGUGUCACUGGUGUGAAUUGUGUAUUAGUUUGCAUGUUUUGAAAAAAGAUGACUGGAAUUGGUAAAAUGUGCAACUGAAUAAUUAAAUAUAUUGACAUUGACAAUGUAUACAAUUCAAUUUUUGCUUUGUAAUUGUAAUAAAAAGAGAGGGGGGAUAGACAUUCCAUUGUGUUGACCGUAACCUAAGUUAGAGGUGCUUUUAGCAACUGGCUUAUAUAUUUGAGUUUUUAACAUUGAUAGGGUGUUGGUCAACUAAAUGUUACUUGGAAUAGGCCCACUGAAAUUAAUAAAAAUGAGUAAGCUGUGUCCAUUAAUUUCAGUAGGUCUACACUGAAUAAAAUAUAGCUGAAUACUGGAAUGAAUGAGGCUGGCUGUCUUAUGCCCAUUUUUUUCACUGGGUGUUCUCUGAGUAGCAUGUAGUUGUCAUUUUAACAUUUAGUGGUAGCCAAUUUUUAAAAAAUAACUGAAUCCUUAAAAUAAAACUACACCAAUAAAACAAUGCACCACGGAGCAACAAGAUAAGAUAAAAGAGCGGCACCAGGAGCUUUUCCACCCCCAUCAUUCAGCCUGCACGUGGAGAGGUUACAUGGAACUAGGCAGAGGGCCUUCUCAGCAGUGGCACCUGCCCUGUGGGAUGCCCUCCCAUCAGAUGUCAAGGAGAUGAGUAAUUAUUAUUAUUAUUAUUAUUAUUAUUAAUACCCCAGCCAAAACUGGGCUCAGUGGCUAACAUCAAAUGUAUAACACAUUAACAUAAAAUCAGGCAGUCAAUUAAAAUACAUCCUAAAAUCAGAUCAGGAUCAGAAUAAAAUCCAAUCAGAUGGCAACCCGCAGAUUAGGGUUGGGGACCUUAAACUGCUCACCAAGCCCAACUGUUUGUGGUGAACUUAUAUGGGCCUGUGAAAAAAAUUAGGAGGCCACUUUCAUGCAAGUUCUUAUGAAAGGGGAGAGGGAGUCAGACUGAACCUCGACCAAAGGCCUUUAGAAGACAUCUGAAGGCUAGGGAAUAUUUUGAUGUUUGAUGUCUUGCUGUGUUUCAGUUUGUUGGAAGCUGCCCAGAGUGGCCUCACUGUCAUGUCUCAGUAGACCCAAGAGCAAAGCCUCCCAGAGCUCCUGGGAAGAUUAUUCUUGGAAUGGGCUGGAUCAGGCCUGUUGCCCUACUAGUUCAGCAUCCUGCUUUCAUAGUGGGCAACCUGAUACUUCUUUGAAAGCUUGAAAGCAGGAUCUGAGCACAGCAGGAUUCUCCCCCUUUGUGAUUCCCAGCAUCUGGUCUUCAUUAAGACGCAUAACGUUCCCCAUCGGUGGAGGCCUAACAUAGUCAUUGUGGCCUAGCAGCCCUUAAUAGCUCUCUCCAUGAAUUACUCUAUAUAGUCUUUUUCUGAAGCCAUUCUCAUUGGUGGCCAUCACUGGUGGGUCGUGCGGUAGCUAGCUUGUGCUUCAUAAUCUCUUGAAAGCAAAAUUAUCUUACCUCAUCUACAAUAGAGUGCUGUUGGUUGAUAGAUUCAGCCCAUAAAUGUGCUUCAGUGGUUGAAUUGGUUGGCACAUGAGUACUGUUAGAUUGUACAAGGGUUUACGAUGGCUAUAUAUAUCCUGGAUAAAAUUCCUUACAGAGGUCACCCUCUGGAGUUCUAAGUAUCCUAGUGAAAAUUUUAGCUGCUGUCAUGAGCUCUAGGAAAAAGCUUAAGAGUAAUGAUGUGGGUUUUCCAGAAUGUUUUUUCUCCAGGUACCCUAAAUUUGUAUCAUGGUUAUUUUUUGUUUGUAUUACUCCAGAGUAUUACUGGGCCAGAGAUUAAGUCUGGAGGGUUCUAGCCAACUAAGUUUUACUCAGAGUAAACACACUGAAAUUGAUAGACUUGUUAGGCCCACAUUUAAAGCACUAUUAUGCCAGUUUAAACAGUCAUUGCUUACCCCAAAGAAUUUUGGGAAGUGACGUUUAUGAAGGGUGGUGAAAGUUGUUAAGAGACCCCUAUUCCUCUCACAGAGCUUCGAUUCCCAGAAUUUCAGGAAAGAAGAUUGCUUGUUAAAUCACUCUUGGGGAUAGUAGUACCGUCAGAGGAAUGGGGGUCUCCUAACAACUUUCACCACCCUUCAUAAACGUCACUUCCCAAUCAAUGGAUUGACAACAUGAUAACACUUGCAACGUAUGAAUGGAUUGCUUAUAGACAUAGAUUUCGGACAAAUAUAUUGAUAUCUGUAACAGGUUUAUGCAGAAGGCAGUAGGUUAUUAGCAGCCAUAUGUAAGGAUAAUAAUAUCACUUAUAUCUAUACCAUAAGCUGUAGAAAUGAAAUUGAAUUUCCAAAAUGUAUUACACCAGGCUUCCUCAACCUCGGCCCUCCAGAUGUUUUUGGCCUACAACUCCCAUGAUCCCUAGCUAGCAGGACUAGUGGUCAGGGAAGAUGGGAAUUGUAGUCUCAAAACAUCUGGAGGGCUGAGGUUGAGGAAGCCUGUAUUACACUGUACUUCUGGCACGUUUUUUCUCUUCCACAUUUUAAAAAAAUUCCUUUUAUCACAUUUCUGUAGAAAUGAAAGCCUUUCAAUUAAAUACCAAUUAAAACAAAAACAAGUGGCACUUCCCAGGAUUCGUUGGAGGAAACCAUGACAGAAGCCCUGAUUCUGUUCUGACAGUACUCAUUACUAUGGAGUACUGUUGCCUUUUUAAAAUAACACUUUGGCUGCCCAUGGCAGCCAUUCUGUGCUGUGACCCCUUGGCACUUUUACUGAACUCCAGAGGCUUUAAGACCACUAUUUUCUCCGUCCCUGACUGCCCACUAUGAUUUUGGGGUGUGUGUGGGAGUUGUAGCCCAAAACCUCUUGAAGAGCACCAGGUGGGGAAAAGGACUGUGGAGAUUACCAUCAGGUCUCCAAGGUUUUGGAUGGGGCUGGGCUUUUCCAGCCCUACAUAAGCAUGCCAGUGAUUGAAACUCUGGGACCUUUUACACACAAAGCAUGUGCUCUUUUUAUUUUUAGCGAAGCAUGUGCUGUAACCAUUGAGCUUCCCCUGGCAUUUGAGGGGUGAGUACACAGGCAGAGAGUCCUCUUCCAAAUCUGCCUUCCAGGUAUCUGAAAAACCUGCUGGUGACUGCUUUUUACGUCUUUAUGAUAACCUCUCGGCACCAUUGUAAAAUCUUUUGCAGGAAGCCAGUGAUGAUGAAGAUGAUGAAGAAGAGCAAACCAGCAAACGGAAAAAAGUGGACUUCAUCAAUGUAAAUUUGAAGAUGGUGGAGCAUUGGAAAGCAGCUGCAGAGGCAAGAGAUGAGGCCGUUUGAUUUCCUUCCCACUCCGUUUUUUAAGGGUAGCGCUGGUUAAAUUGGGGUGCUGAUCACCUGUCCUUGUGCCCAUCCUAUAGCAAGUAUCCUAAGAAAACAUGCGGCACGCUCCCUUUGGUGUUAAUAUCAAAGGUGGCUGAACUGUUACACCCUGGGACUGUCGGUUUCCACAUUCCUCGUCUUAAUUUUUAAUGACGCGAAGAAAGCUGUAUCUGUCUGUCUCUCCUUAAUCAUCUUCCCAUUGCUCUGUCCUCUUUUCUACAGAAGCAGCUCACAGCAAAGCUCUUCCACGAGAUCACCCAGGCUUUCAAAGCCUGCGUGGUAACAGCCAAGGGGGAUGCCUCGGGGCUGGAACCUGGCAAGUACAAAGUCACUGAUGGCACAGGUGAGCUUCCAGCACUUCUCAUGCUUGCCUUUUGCCCCUAGUGGUGAUAGAGAACCUACUCAUGCAGCGGAAUUUUGUGACACAUGGGUUUAUUGGACUGUACCAUUCACAAUGCGGGUGGUGCUGUGAGUUAAACCACAGAGCCUAGGACUUGCCGAUCAGAAGGUCAGCGGUUCGAAUCCCCGCGAUGGGGUGAGCUCCCGUUGCUCGGUCCCUGCUCCUGCCAACGUAGCAGUUCAAAAGCACAUCAAAGUGCAAGUAGAUAAAUAGGUACCACUCCAGCGGGAAGGUAAACAGCGUUUCCGUGUGCUGCUCUGGUUUGCCAGAAGCGGCUUAGUCAUGCUGGCCACAUGAUCCAGAAGCUGUACACCGGCUCCCUCGGCCAGUAAAGUGAGAUGAGUGCCGCAACCCCAGAGUCGGUCAUGACUGGAUCUAAUGGUCAGGGGUCCCUUUACCUUUACCUACCAUUCACAAUAUAGGAGGAUGAAUGGGGAGCGGUCAUAGCUCAGUGGCAGAGCAUCUGAUUUGCUUGCAAAAGGUCCCAGGUUUCAUCCCUGCAUCUCCAGAUGGGCCUGGGAGAGACUCCCUUCCUGAAACCCUGGAGAGCUGCUGCCAGUGAGGAUAGACAGUACUGAGCUGAAUCGGCCAGUGGUCUGACUGCGUAAGGCAGCUACCUGUGUUCAUGUAUUUGAAAUCCAUCAGGAAACAAACCUGUUACAUCUAGAAAGUGGCAUAUCAAAGAGACGGCUGAUCCAGAACCCUAAACUGCUAGUGUUCUCCAUGCAAGGACUAUAAUGUCUGGUGUCGGGGUGUGUGGGUGUCAUUAUUUUUAUUCCUUUAUUUGAAGAUUCCUAAAAUGCUUUGGAGCUACAGUAAGAUGAAACAGGAAAAGGGGUGGCUUAAAUAAGCAGUAGAAGAGCAAUGACAAACAUUUCUGCAGUUGCACAGCUGGUACUAUAUAAAAGGGCUGGGUCACCCUUUGGGGAAAGCCUUCCCAAACCAAAAUCCAUGCAAGUCAUUAAAACCUGAAAAAGUAAUAAAUAUCAUUUAAAAAAAAUAAAAAUAAAACCUGAAGUUGUCCCUUCUGCGGUUUGGACAGCAUAGUCCGAAAAGAUCCUGUGUCAUGUGAUUCUGCUGCUGCAAGUGCAGCUCAAAGUAGCAUCACCAGGAACAUUCUUCCUUUGUUUAUUUUGUGCUGUGCACUCUACCAGUGUCAGAGGAGGCUUAACUGCUGCCUCUCAAACUUUGCCUCUAAGGUGAGAUUAAGUAGGAGGACCCCCAUAUUCCCUUGUGCCGGCAGGGUGUCCAUUGAGAGUGCACUACCUUUCUGUAAAGGUGCCUGUAGUCAGUUCCCUCUGCCCCAGGGGAAGUGCUGAAGUUAAGGGGCAAAGCACCUGCUUUGGGAGAAGGUCUCAGGUUCAGGGGCAUCUCCCAAGCAGAGCUGGGAAAAGAUCCCUCUUUGAAACUCAGGAGUGCGGCUGCUAAUCAGUGCAAAGAGUUCUCAGCCGGGUGGACAAAUUACCUGGCACCAUAUAAGGCAACUUCCUAUGUUAAAAGCUGGAAAAUAUAAAACAGUGUAUAAUACAAAAUGCUUAUCUAGUAAUAUACUAAAAAUAGAAAUAAUAAGGGCAUGUCCACCCCACAAAAAGAUGAGCACUGCCAGAGAGGCCUGUAUAGUUACCAUAUUAUCCUGUACAGUGGUACAUCUGGUUACGGACUCGAUCCAUUCCAGGGUGCUGUUUGCACCCAGAAAAGUCCGUAAUUAGAGCACCACUUCUGUGCGCAUGCGCGGCACGAUAGAGUGCUUCUGCGCACGCGCACGUGGCGAAACCUGGAAGUAUAUACUUCCGGGUUUGCCACAUUUGCAAGCUGAAAAGACGCAACAUGAACCUAACACAACACGAGGUAUGACUGUAUAAAGAAGGGUAUUUAAGAGCUACCCCUCUGGCUAUACAGGAGCCAUUCCAGCAGGGGGAGCCAAAGGAGCAUCAGUUAUUGCUAAAACUUUAUAGUGCUACUUCACCUACCCAAAUGGUUCUGCAGGGGGUGCCCCACACAUUCUGAUAUACUCCUUGUGUAUCUCUGCGUGUACACACACACACACACACACCUCUGAGUUGUGCUCAAGGGUGCUGAAUUCAUGACAGUUAAUAAUUGGCCCAGUAGGUGCAUGCAUUCAUUUAGGCAGCUGGGCAUUUUGCAAAAUGAUUUGUUUGUUUGUUUAUAACAGGGCAGUCAGGUAGGUCUUGAGAUAAAAGAUGCAAAUGUUUUCCGACUCGUAUGCAAAUUGGGAUUUUACCUCUUUUGUGUGAUUCUUAAGUGUCAGAUGCUGCUGACCUUCCAGUUCACUCUAUUUAAUAGUGCUGCCCCACUUUUUUUAACCCCCCCUUUAAAGCUCCUUGAUCAAUUUAAGUCCUGUUCUCAUCUACCCAUUCCCCCCUUUUUACCAAAAUUUGUAUUGUCAAGAUCCUCAUCGCCUUGAGGACUAGGAUGUUGCUUUUUAAGCAGAAUAAGUUCUCACUGAGAUUCCUAGGAGGGUUGAUGCCAAAUUAAUCCUAAUUGCAGAUGUUUAGAGGUAAAACACACAUGCGUGUGCGCACAAACACACAUACACAGCCCUGUGUGUGAUCUAGAACUGCUUUGUUCCUUACUGCAAAGGAAGUGUUAUGUCUGGUUACAUAGGUUUGUUUUCUGUCCUGUUUAGUGUUCAAUACCCUGGUGUCCUUCUGCAUUCGCGAUCUUUUUAAACUGCUGCAGAAAUUGCUUCAGGUGAAAGCUGCAAAAAACAAAUCCAAGUAAGUUUUGUUUUUUUUUAAUUGGAGGAUAAAUCUUGUCAGUGACUACUAAAAACCAUGGCUAUGUCUCAUCUCCACUGUUGGAGGCAGAAUGCCUCUGAAUGCCAGUUGCUGGGAAUUGCAACUGGGGAGAGUUGCUGUUGCUUUCAGAUCAUGGAUGUUGUUGUUUAGUCGUUCAGUCAUGUCCGACUCUUCGUAACCCCAUGGACCAGAGCACUCCAGGCACUCCUGUCUUCUACUGCCUCCCGCAGUUUGGUCAAACUCAUGCUGGUAGCUUCGAGAACACUGUCCAACCAUCUCAUCCUCUGUCAUCCCCUUCUCCUUGUGCCCUCCAUCUUUCCCAACAUCAGGGUCUUUUCCAGGGAGAGUCUUCUCUUCUCAUGAGGUGGCCAAAGUAUUGGAGCCUCAGCUUCAGGAUCUGUCCUUCCAGUGAGCACUCAGGGCUGAUUUCCUUCAGAAUUGAUAGGUUUGAUCUUUUUGCAGACCAUGGGACUCUCUAGAGUCUCCUCCAGCAUGGAUGUAGUCUGCUCAAUAAAAUCAUAGAAUUUUAGCAUUGGAAGGGACCCCAAGGCCCAUCUAUUCCAACCCCCUGCAAUGCAGGAAUCUCAGCUGAAGCAUCCGUGACAGAUGGCCAUCCAACCUCUGCUUAAAAGCCUCCAAGGAAGGGAAAGUCCACAACCUCCCAGGGGAGACCGUUCCACUGUCGCACAGCUCUUGCUGUCAGAAAGUUCUUCCUGAUGUUUAGUCGGAAUCUCAUUUCUUGUCACUUGAAGCCCAUGGAGCAGCUGGUGAGGAUUUUGGACUAAAUAGGCCAUUGGCCUGAUCCAGCAAGUCUCUGUUUAACCCCCACCCCAUGGUUUUUUUUAAAGAAUGCUACAGAUCUUUGGAUGUCUGACUUCCCAGAUUCUUGUCAUGGCAUAGAGCACAACUGCUUUAUAAUAUGAUUGUGGGACAUCCAGAAAGGGACUUGGAUAGCUAUCCACAUAAUUGGCGACAAACUUAAUGUUUUGGCGAUUUCUUUGGUCUGCUGCUGCUGUCAAAUGCAUCUUCUCCAGCACUCUGUUCAAAUGGUAAUUUUUGGAUCACAACUAGGAUUGUCCUCGGUAUCACUUGAUGCUCUUGCUCUCAUUUUGAAAACACAUCUAUAUUAUCUUUCUCUCUGUCUGUCUAUGUGUGUGUGUUUUUUCCUUUGAUUGCCCUUGACUCUUCCCAUCGUCUCCUCGUACCUUGGUUUACGAACUUAAUCUGUUAUGGAAGUCCGUUCUUAAACCGAAACCAUUCUUAAACCGAGGCACGCUUUCCCUAAUGAGGCCUCCCGCCGCUGGUGCCCUUCCACCAUUCAGUUUCUGUUCUUAGACUGAGGUAAAGUUUGUAGACUGAGGUAAACUACUGGUUUAGCGGAAGUUCAUAACCUGAGUUGUUUGUAAACAGGGCUGUUCUUAAACUGAAGUACCACUGUAUUGGUGUUCACUCAUUUUAUGGAUUUGUAGCAACCAUAAAACAGUAAUCAAAACUGUACUUGGAAAAGAAGAGAGCACAGAAAUUAUGGAGAGAAUUUCAUAGAAAUGAAAGUUAGUUUAUGGCAGCCUUGCCCAACCUGGUGCCCUCCGAUUGUCUUGGACUACAACUGUCCUUGGCUCCUGCCAGUAUGCUUUGGCUGAUGCUGAUAGGAGUUGUAGCCCAAAAAUGGUCUGGCUCUGUCUAAGCCACCUUCCUAUGUUGCUGUCAGAGCGCUGGGGGCACGUGAGGUGCUGUACCAUCUGCCAGUGGCUGGGUGCCCUGUUCCAGGCACCUUUCCGUCCCCUUGCAAUCUGUUACUUCUCUUCUCAAAUGUUCUGGCUAUCCCCAAGAAACCCUCAUGUCAUCAGAGCUCAAGGAUCAUGGUGCACUCAGAGUGAGAGACGUGGCUGAAGGUUUGUCUGGGAGUCGGGGUUGGAUUUUCUAGCUCCAACAGGGAAUGAAUGCAAACAGCUGGGUUAGUGGAGGGUACAAUUAAUCCUUUAUUGCUUGCCGCGGGCAUUUGAUUCUCCUGCAUUCUUUGGCGCUGCCAUCUGAUCUGGCUGGGUUUUUGGGGUUGGGUGUGUGGGAUUAGUGUUGCAUGUAUGCUUUUCUGCACAUGAACUUGGCUUCUGGGUAUACUUGGCAGCAGUCCUGAACUAAACAAGGUCAGACCAGGUUAGAUGAAAAGAGGCCUCCCACUCAAGAGCAUUUUAAAAUUUUAUUUCAUAGAAUUCAUAUAAUGCUUAAUUGUAAGAAGCAAUUGAACCUCAAAAGCUGUUUAUAGAAAGAAUGAAACAAUGGAAUAAUCGGCGAAAACAACUAUUUAAAACAUAAAAACAUAAUUAAAAUGCCUGCCAACAUUCUACAUGUCUGGAUGGUUGUGCCUAAAUAAAAAUGUUUUUAGCAGGUACCAGAAAGAGUACAGUGAAGGUGCCUUCCUAUGGUCAAUAGGCAGGGAGUUCCAAAGUUGGUUCUACUCAGAGUAGACUAAUUGAGAGUGUUGAGCAUGAUUUAAUUAUUCCAGUGGGUCUGCUCUGAGUAGAAAUUAUUUGGAUGCAACCUGGGCUAACCAGUUAAAUUCUGCUAGGACUUAAAAGGACCUGAGUUCAAUUGUCAGGUUAGCCAUGGAUUUGCUGGAUGGUGCUGAGCAAGUUAGUCACACCCUCUCUGCCUCUGCUCCCUUUCUGUAAAAUAGAUGUGGCAUCUCCCUGUCUCCAAGGCCUGUAGUGAAAUCGAGGUAACAACGUUCACCACGACAGCAUGCUAUAGAUGGCAUAUUUUAUCUACACGGUUGUGUGCAUAGUCUGUGCUGCUUUUUUUUUUUUUUUUUAGGUCUCAAGACUUUUUUAGGUCUUAAGACUUCAGCUAAACUUUGCAGAUUUAGCACAUUUUAUGCUAAAUUUCAGUGGCCAUUGUCCAGACACUUUGAAGUCAACCUUUCUAGCGACGAGGGCUAGAAGCUUGUUUUAAAAUGAAACUCUGGGAGGGGUGGAUGGAAGGUUGUGGUUCUCAGGAUACUGAUUUCUGCACCGAAUUCUUUGAGAUGGUCAAUUAAGUUUUACUCGAGUAGAAUGAGCACCACUAAGUGAGGUCCGUUAAUUUCAAUAGGUCUGUUCUGAGUUGAGUAACACCCUCUGUGUCCCAAGUCCAUGAUGGACUCACCUCCGCAUAUAAACACACAGGAAGGCUGCCACCAAUUUUCAUCUUGCGCUGCUAUGCCUAAAUAACACACAAUAUAUUUCUUUUGUUCUUUAGGAUGGUCCUUCCCUCUUCCAGUCCACUUUGGGGAAAGCUUCGCUUAGACAUCAAAACUCACCUUGGCUGUACCAUCCAGGUAAAAGGUGCGGGGGAGUUGAUGGACUGGUUCAAAACCUGCAUCCGUCACUCCUCAGCCCUGUGACAGUGCCUUAUAUGGAGUCAGACCACUGAUGCCAUCUAGCUUAGUAUUGUUUGCACUGAUUGAUAGCAGCUCUCUCCAGGGUGGCCGACAGGGGACAUUCCCAGCCCUAGCUGGAGAUGUCGGGGAUUGAACCUAGGACCUUCUGCAUUCAAGGCAGAUGAUGUACCGCUGCGAUAUGCCCCUGCCCUUAAGAGAUAGUGAUGUAGGAAGCUGCUUUGCACUGAGCCCAUUACACAAUCAUGCUUUGUUGACUCUUGGCUGGCAGCGGCUCUGCAGGGUUGCAGAGAGGGAGCCUCUCCCAGCCGCACCUGCGGAUGUUGGGGAUUGAACCUGGGGUCUCUUGUGUGCAAAGCAGAUACUCCACCACUGAGUGAUGCCCUUCCACAAGUUACAUCAGGAAGCAGGCUCUGAGCUCUGUCCCAGGGCAGUUGUGUCUGUUGUGACCAAUGGGCAGAGGAUGGAGUGAGCUCUGGAACAGAUAAACUAUAGUUGUUGCCUCCAGGGGAAAGCAAAUCAGGCCUGCAAUUGUGGUUUGGCUGCUUUACUCUUGGAAGCUCAAACCUUGGUUUGGGGUGGGUGGGUGGAGGUCCUCAAUUGCAGUUAGUGGAAUCCAAUGUUUGGCUUGGUCCCUCGGUUGAACAUUGUGGAAGGAGGGGCACUUGUGUGCCUCUGACCAGCUUAAGAGAUAGAUGUACAAUUUGGUGAGAUUGCAGCUUGUGAGUCUCACCCAGGUUUUAAUGUUUCCCGCACAUUCUGCCCAUUUCUGCAGCUCCUCUCAUGUUUGACAGAAGCCUCUGUGGGAGCAGCUGUCCUCCAGCACGUCAGCUCCAUCGUGCCUUAUUUCUUGACUUUUCCAAAACAAACUCGGAUGCUGCUCAAGGUGAGUUCGGCAGCUGGUGCUUUAUUUAUUUAUCUAGUUUUAAUGCCGCUCUUCAGCCAAAAAAGCAGAAAAAAUACUCCCAUAGCGGCUUACAAAUGUCAGUGAUAAGUGGUAAGACAGUCCCUUCUAAUCUAAAAAGACACGGCAAAAAAGGAAAGGUGAUUGGGAGGGAGGAGGAAUAAAGUAAACCCGGGCAGAAUUUCUUAACUCAGAGGCAGCCUUUGGAUAUUGUUGAACUAACAACUCCAGCCCUUCUGGUCAGUGGUCAGGGAUGAUGGGAGUUGUAGUCCAGAAAUUCCUGGAGGGCACCACAUUGGCAACUUUGAUCUUAAGUUCUUUUAGAAAAGGAAGAAAUACCCUCUGAAAGUAGCAUUAGAAGAGGCGCUCACUCCUGUGUGAGCGAGGAGAUGGUAGUGUUCCUCAGAAGCUUCUUACCAACUAUUGUUUUGUAAGAAAAUAAACAUGAGUCAAUAAUUAGAUUAAAAAUGUGCCCCCAGUUAUCAGAAUAUUAUCAGUUGAUACACACCUACAACUGAUUGUCACCCUAAGCUUCCAGGACAGGUUGUAUGGAUAACAGAGGUGGUCUGUGUUUUGAGAUUGGGUGGAAGCUAGCGGACUGGGAACCUGUCUGCUGGUCUGUGUGUGCAUUUUCUUGAUUCUUCUUUUCUUUAUUUCCAGCAAGCUACCCGUCUCUGGAGCACAGGCGAGGAAACCGUUCGGGUGCUGGCUUUCCUGGUGCUCAACAAAAUCUGCCGACAUAAAAAAGAUGUCUACUUGAACCCAGUUCUUAAGGUAAGGUGGUGGAGAAAAGCCACCUCAACAUAUGCAUGCCAUACUAUUGAUGGGAAGGCAUUGGUCCCCUAUUGUCUACUGUGAGUCCAAAGGCUCAGGAUCAUGACGGGGGAACCUGCAGCCCUGAAGAUGAUCAUGGAUUCCCACCAGCCCCAAACAGCAUGGUUAGUGCUCAGGAAUGAUGGGAGUUGUAGUCCAGUGAUACCUGGAGGGCCACAGGUGUCAUGGCCCCAGAAGCUGGCCCCUCUUACUCCCCUAAAGAAGACAUGGAUGAGGAGGAAAUACACGGUGCUGCACACCAUGGGCGUAGCCAGGGAGGUGCAACUACACCCCCCCCCCCAGAUAUCAAGUAAAUAAAUAAAAAUACUUAACUAACUGACCGAUUGUGUCGCAGGUAACUUGGUUCUGCUCUCCCUACGUAAAGUCUCUCCCCACCACCACCCUAAUCCUGGCUAUGCCUGUGCUCCACACCCCUUCAUGCCCCUGCUGUGGCCUGAGGAUAGAGCACUCCUACCUUCCUCAGACUCCUAUGCGUGCCCCCCAAUAACAUCCCUGUCCUUUCCGUAGCGUAGAAGUCAGUGCCUGCAGAAUCAGAUCUUUAAGCCAGCUUCAGAGUUCACAAGGAGGUUGGUCCAGCAGUAGUACAGUAAUACCUCCACAAACGUCCGCCUUGUCUAGCGUCCAUUCUGGCGACCGUCUGCGGCAACCCCGGAAGUACCGGAACGGGUUACUUACGGGUUUGCUGCUCGCGCAUGCGCAGAAGCGCUAAAUCACGCUUCGUAUAUGCGCAGAAGCGCAAACCGCUCUGUGAGCGUGUGCAAACGUGGCACUUUGCCCUGCGUCCUUUUCAGCUAGCGGCCAGGGCUCCAGAACAGAUCCCGGCCGCAAAACAAGGUACGACUUUAGAGGCCUUGCCACCAUACACUCAGGGCCUUGGCUGAAACAAUGUCUUUCCAUAGUUCAGUCACCAGGGCCCACUGGGAGCUGUCCUUGGUCCUGAACUGCCUUGAUUCCUCUUCCCUACACUGCCCUGGACUUCCUCUUUGCCUGCUCGGAUUUGCCCUUCUUAAUCUGUUUAUUGCCUUCACUUACCUGGCUAGCACCAAGCCCUGCUAGAACAGGAUAUAUAUAUAUGAAUGAAUGGAUGGAUGUUUUUCGAUGGUCAGAGGCCUAUAAAGUAGAGCAGGAUAAAAGCUCCCACCUGCCCCUCCUUUAGAUCUGAUGACAGCCUCAAACAGUGGCCACAGUCAGAUAUGGGCCUCCAUAUACCUUGCUGCUGCUUUUUAAAACCAUGGCAAGUCUGCCUUCCGGGUUACCUCUCGAAGCCCAGCAGUGUAAAAAAGAAAUAAAAGAAAACUAUUUUUUUCCAAGAAGCCUUCUAAGUAGAGGAUCUUUUUUUUUAUUUCAUUCGGCAACCGUAUUGGAUUUGAAAUUCUUUUUCUACAUUUACGUUUAAGGCACAAUGCAUUUUUAGGGACUACUGCUGAUUUGAAUUAUCUUUUGAAUGGUUUUUAAAGCUUGUUUUUAACAGCCUUUUAUUGAAUGGCUUUAAUGUAUUCUUGCCAGAGGCUCAGAGGUUUUAUAUUACAGUCAAGUGGCCGAUAUACUUUUUGUUAAAAUUAAAUAAACUUUGUUCUGGUUUCCUCCAACCCCCUCCCCCCGCAAACUCCACCUUUUUCUUUAUAGCAAAUGUAUAUUUCCUACGUGAAGAACUCCAGGUUCACCUCCCCCAAUGUCCUCCCUAUGAUCAACUUCAUGCAACGGACUUUGACGGAGAUGUACUCCCUCGACACCUCCGUCUCAUACCAGCAUGCCUUCGUCUACAUCCGCCAGCUGGCCAUCCAUUUGCGCAGUGCCAUGGCCAUGAAGAAGAAGGCAAGUUACAAUGCUGCUUUCCAAAUCUCUGGUGUGACCGCAUUUGGAAUACUGUGCACCGUUCUGGUUGCCUCAGCUCAAAAAGGGUAUCGUAGAGUUUUGAAAAGGUUCAGGAAAGGGCAACCAGAAUGAUCCAGGGGAGAGGUUUUAAACCUUUUUGAGUCCACGGCUUCCUUGACCAGCUUCUGCGGCACCCCUGUGGGGCUCAGGAGCCCAGUUAUGUCGCCCCUUGCCUGCAGAGCUGGCAGCCUCUCACUCCUCCCUUGUUGAGUGUUCCGUCAACCUCCUCUUCUAUUCCCUCUCCUUGGGAGUCCUCUGGGCAGCUGCUGAUGCCGUCCCUGGUCUCUGAGCUGCCCCCCUUGCCCCAAAGAGAGGUGCCUCCUCACACCGCCCCUCAGGGGCCUGGGACUUGCCUGUCCAUUCCCAACAGCAAGGGCUGGCUGGGCUCCCUCGCCUGCUUGCUUGCUUAAUCUGAGGCUGCCUCAGCUCCUGGCAACCAGCACCUCUUGGCCAGCCCCAGAGGCAACAUUCGCCCAUGGAGUUUGUAGCCAAGGCUGCUGCAACCAACAGCUGUGCAAGCCUUUGGGAGGCAGAGACGUGAGAGGGCAUCAGAGGAGGGAGGGAAAGAGAUACAGAGGCCAGUGUUGCCUAUGGCACCCCAAUCAUAAUUCAAGGCACACCAGGGUGCCACAGGGAUGGAGUAACUUUCUGUGAGGAAAGGUUGUAGCAUUUGGGGCUUUAUACUUUUGUGAAAACAUAAGUAAGAGGUGACAUGGUAAGUGAAUAGGGAGACUUUUUUCUUCCUGUCUCAUAGCACUAGGUGAGAUAUCUUUGUUCAGUUCUGUGUGGACUCACACACCAGUCCACUCUGGUCAAGCUGCAGAGAGAUCAUGGGAGGGUCGCAUUCCCUAACUUCCUGUCCCAGCACUUCCUGUUUCCUGUCUAGGUCUUGAAUCUUCCCAUUUAGUUCCAUUGCUCAAGAUACACCUGGAGUAUAACUUAUCGACUAUCUACACACCAUACCUUUAAAGCACUUUCUUACCCUCAAGGAAUUCUGGGCACUAUAGUUUCACCUAGCAGGAAUUGCAGAGUUGCAAUUCUCCUUAACAAACUACAGUGCUCAUAUUUCUUUCAGAAAAAAGGAUGCUCCUCAAAUGUGCUUUAAAGUUACAGUGUGUACGCAGCCUUAGAGAGGUGCUGAUAUUUUUUGUUUAUCUGUCGCUUGGUCUUUAUUGAGGGUGGGGUGUGAAUAAAAAAAGAUAUCCCUCACAACAACAGCCUGGCUUUAUCAGCUGUCUUCUGCUCUGGCGUGUCUUCUGUUGAUAUAUGAAAUCUGCAUUUCAUCGCAUUAACCGAAAGCCCCACCAAGUAGCAAAGAAGAUUAUAGAGUCUCCCCACUUUGUCCUCCCCCCCAAAAAAACCCCAUCUUCUUUUUGGCAACCUGUCAUUUGCCCCCAUUUUUGUAUCUGUUGCAGCCUGGGUCCUCCUAGACCCUAUUAGAGCUGUGUGUCUCCUGUUCUCCCCCCGCCACUCAGCCACCAGAGGAAAAGUAAGAUAGGGUGGGAGAGAGCAGGUAAUUCCACCCUCCCUAUCCCUUUCCAUCCCCAGAUUGGGGUCUCAUCCAGUCUGACGUGGACUUAAUGCAAAGCAAAUUGCUAAUCCCCUCUUUAUUGGUGUUUUAAAGUAAACAAUACCGACACAGAUUAGUGGGUUGAUUUACACCCCUGGUGCUUGCAGGGGUUGGUUACCAUGUUAAGCCUUCUCUCUCCCCCCCUUCCCAAAAGAUGCUCAGACAUGGCAGAUAAGCUGAGGAGAGAUAACCAAAGUCUAGGACCUUAAUUGGAUCUGUUUGGCUUCUCAGACCCUCAGCCGUGAGCCAGACAGGACCCAAAUCCAGUUAGUUCCACGGUGGGAGAGGCAGUUCAGAGCGAGGGAGGCGCAGAUUAAAUUUCUGUCGGUCCCGAGUUAUUGUUACUCCCCAUCUUGAUAAUGCAUCCAUUUUACAAUGCAAGUGGCAAAUAGGUAAAUGAAGGGGAAAGACAGAAGCAUAGGAAGCUGCCUUUAUCCUGAGUCGGGCCACUGGUCCUUCCAGCUCAGUAUUGAGAUUCCUGCAUUGCAGGGGGUUGGACUAGAUGACCCUUGGGAUCCCUUUCAACUCUAUGGUUCCAUAAUUGGCAACAGAGUUUCAGGAUUUCAGGCAGUAGUCUCUCCCAGCUGUACCUGGAGCUGCUAAGGAUUGAACCUGGGACCUUCUGCAUAAGAAGCAGGUGCUCUGCCACUAAGCUGCAUCCCUAUGCCUUAAGCCCUAUAUCCCUAUGCCCUAUGCCCUAUACCCGCAAACUUGGCCCUCCAGAUUUUUUCAGACUAGAAUUCCCAUCAUCCCUGAUCAGUGGUCCUGUUAGCUAGGGAUGAUGGGAGUUGUAGUCCCAAAACAUCUGGAGGGCCGAGUUUGGGAAUGCCUGCCUUAAGACAUAGGGAGCUGUCUUAGGCUAAGUUAGAUCACUUGUUCCUCUAGUUCUUAGUAUGGGCUACGCCAGUGUUUCUUAAAGUUGGGUCUCCAGCUGUUUUGGAACUACAACUUCCAUCAUCCCUAACCACUGGUCCUGCUAGCUAGGGAUGAUGGGAGUUGUAGUCCAACAACAGCUGGAGACCCAACUUUGAGUAACACUAGUCUACUCUGACUGACUGAGGCUCUCUAGGGUCUCAGGCAGAAGUCUCUCCCAGCCGUACUUAGAGAUGACAUUCAAGAGGGAACCUGGGAUUUUUGCAUGCAAAAUGGAUGCUCUGAACAUGAGCUAUGGCCUUUUUCCCCAUGCAAAAGUAACUGGGUUUUUUUGCACUUGUGCAGCGCAUUUUGAGUGUUCAUAGCCUUUCCUGCAAUAUUAUGAUCUUAUGGUGACAACCACAUUAUGUUUUUAUGCUUAGGUUUAUUCAAUAUAUCCCUCUUAAAAAACCAAAAACCACAAAGCAAUUUACAGCUAAAGUAAGAAAACAAGACAAUGAAAAUCACGAAAACAUUGUUAAAAUGGAUUUUAACAGUGCAAUGCAAUAUUUAUUUACCUAUAUGUUUACUACAUUUGUAUCCCACCUUUCCUCAAAGGAGCUCAAGGUGGCGUUUUGCUUGACAAUAAAAGAAGUAAAUACAGCACAGCUGAACGAUAAAGAAGCAGAAAUGGAAUAUAAUAAUACAGAUCUUAAAACAGUAUUAAAGCAUGAAAACCCAACAGGAAUUAAAAACUGCUGAGAGAUAAUAAAUAGACCAAUUUGGGAAGGUGUGGGAGGAAAGAAAAUGUUUUCUAUGAAUGCCAGAAACAUAACAAAAGUUUUUGGUGUGUUUCGAGUCUAAAGGAAUGUGAAUGUGAGAUAUUAACUUUCUGACAGAGGAGCUGUUUGGCAGUCGGGUGGCCUGCCUUGGAAGGCGGUGGACUCUCUUUCAAUGAAAGUUCUAAGCAGAAGUUCGGUGGUUGUCUGUCAGGGAUUCUUUUGCUGUGAUCCCCGCAUUACAAUUCCAGUUCUAGAAGUCUUAACAAUUGAAUAACCAAGCAAAGGAUGUAUUGCAAAAAGAAAUGGGAAUGCAAAACCUACCCUCCCCCAAGCUCUUGCACACACCUGCAGUCACAUCUUGUCUCCAUCAACCCCAUAUCUUUAAAGCAGUAUUAUACCACUUUAAAGAUCCAUGGCUUCGCCCAAAGAAUUUUGGGGCCCGUAGUUUAAGGGUGCUGAGAGUUCUAAAGAGACUUCUAUUCCCCCUCACAGAGCUACAAUUUCCUGAGUUCCCUGGGAAGAGGGAUUGACUGUUAAAUCACUCUGGGAAGUGUGGCAAUGUGAGAGGCAUAGGCUACUUUAAAAUAUGUUUAGGGGAUUCCUCUCCAAUCUGGUCAAUUUUAAAAAAGAAAAAGUUAUCAGUGGAAGAACCAGCACCCCCAAGUGGCAGAAAAAGUGAGAUGGUUCAGGCAGAGUUUAAAAAUGCCUAGGAUUUUUAAUUUUUUUCUUCUAGUGGUGCUGCUUUAAUCAGUCACAAAAAUGGCAAUGGGUGCCAGCCUCCAUAGUCAGGCCUAAGGCAGAUGUGGGGAUGUUCAGUAGUCAGGGAUUAUGUUAUAAUUCAGUGACAUCUGGAGGGCCACAGGUUCCCUAUCUAAAGGUUCAUGGGAGCUAGGAGCACCAUGCAGGAAGGAGGUUCCAUGCUGUGUCUCUGCAUGAGUGCCUGCUCUGGCUCUCAUUAAGACUGGUUACAGUGGGGAAGUGGAAACUGCUCCUCCAGAUGUCGUUGGACUCCCAGCUCCCAUCAAAUCAUUGACUUAAGGCAGUGUUUCUCAAACUUCAGCUGAUGUUGGACUACAACUCCCAUCAUCCCUAGCUAGCAGGACCAGUGGUCAGGGAUACCGCAAGUUGUAGUCUAAGAACAGCUGGAGACCCAAGUUUGGGAAACACUGAAUAACGUAUUGGGAGCAAGACAAGGAGAUGAUAAGAAGUGACAAUUGUGCUUUUUUAACUUUGUAAACAGCUUUGAGAGCCUGAUGGUCAGUAAGCAGGAUAUGCAAUUCAUAUUUGCAUUGAUUCUGCAUUGCAUUUGAAAUUGUUACAUUGGGGCCUGCAAAAGGCAUUCUGCCCCUCCCGUGUUCUGCUGUUUUAGUGACAUUACAGUCACUUCCAGGUUCGGUGCCGUGCAGUUGGGUGCGCGUCAAUCGGGAGUUUCCUCGAUAUCUAUGGUAUAUAUAUUUCUAUCAUCCAACAAAUUCAAUAUGUUUUUAUAGGAAUGUGAUUUGUAAAUGAGGAUAAAUGGUAAAUAAAUAAAUAAUAUGAAUGAUAUGGGAUGAUUAGCUGCUUGUGCGUAAAAUCGUAUCCCCUCAGAGUUUGUUCAAGUCCACAAACCUCUGUCUGUGACGGAGCCCCUCAGACAUGGCUACUCUAGUCACUAGCAGAUUCCGACAGUGGUUGCUUUCGUAAUCGCUUCCAACAUAAAAGCUCCUUAACGGAAACACGUCUUCUGGAAUCUCUGCGUGACAGUUUCCGGCGAGGAGUGGGUGUUCUUACAGGAGGUCCUGAAACCUCCCCACUGUUUUCGCUGGAAGUGUCUCUGAGCCAUCCCUCCAGCUCAGCUCCUCUCCCCUGCUGGUUCCCUCUUCAGCUGCUGCGUCUCUCCCAACCUGUGUGAGCCCUUUCACCUCCCUGUUGGUUCCCUCUUCCGCUGCUGCGCCACGCCCAACCUGUGUGAGCCCUUUCACCUCCCUGUUGGUUCCCUCUUCAGCUGCUGCGUCUCUCCCAACCUGUGUGAGCCCUUUCACCUCCCUUCCGUCCGAUGGCAGUUCCCUGACAUCCACCUCCCCUCCAGGGCCCCCUUCACCCCCUCUCGCCCCCUCCUCUACGGGCGGUGAGGAGGCAAAACCUCGGAAUGAACUUCCUUCAUCUUCCGAUGUCUCGAACACUUCUCUCAACCUGUUGCGGUUCCUGGUCUCGAAGUACACCUCCUCCUCAGAGUCCAUCUCCCCUUCCGAGUCCGGGAAUCCUUCCAACUCCUCCCUUCAUCACCGGAACCUCUCCACAGGCUGAGGUUUCCUUGGGAACCUUUGAUGGAACGUUUCUAUCAAUACCUCGUCAUUGAUAUCUUCAGCCAUUACCCAAGUGUUUUCUGACUCCGGUUCUCCUUCCCACGCUACCAAAUACUCCACCUGAUCCCCCUUCCACCUGGCGUCGAGGAUUUCUGCCACACGGCUGCUGCAUUCUCUUUCUUCUACGACCGGUCCCCGAGUGGCCAGUGCACACUUGCACCUUAUGUUGUGCGCCAAUUAGCAGGUGCCUCCACCUCCGGAACGCCUCAUGAAUGGCUAGUAGUUCUCGGUCAUACACCGUGUAGUUCCUCUCGGAUUUGUUCAGCUUUCGCGAAAAAAAAGGCACACGGUCUCCACUCUGACCCCUUCUUGCCUGGCUGCAGAAGCACCGCCCCAAUCGCUCUGUCUGAUGCGUCAGUUUCCACUCUCAUCGGUUUUUGUAAAUCCACAUGCAGGAGUUGUUGUUCCGAGGCGAAGGCCCUUUUAGUUCCUCAAAUGCUCGCUCCGCCUCCUCAGUCCACACGAACUUCUUCUUACUGCUGAGACAGUCCGUAAUGGGCGCCGUCAGGUGGGCAAAGCUUCGGAUGAACUUACGAUAGAAGUUCCCAAAUCCUAGGAACCUCUGCACAUCCUUCUUUGUUUUGGGUGUUUUCCAUUCCAGCACCGCCUGGACCUUGCCGGGAUCCAUGGCCAAUCCCUUGUCUGACAGGCGAUACCCCAGGAAUUCCACCUCCUUGGUAUGAAACUGACACUUCUCCAGUUUCACCCACAGCAGGCUGGCUGGCAGCCUGCUCAACACUUCUCUGACGUCUCUCACAUGCUGCUCCUCAUUCUCAGAAUACACCAACACGUCGUCUAAAAAGGCCACACAAUUCUUGUAAAGCAAAGGCCCCAGGACGUGGUUCAUAAACGAUUGAAAUGUUGCGGAGCCUGCUUGUAGGCCGAAGGGCAUAACCAAAUAUUCAAAUGCCCCUAAAGGGGUGAACAUAGUGGUUUUCCAUUCAUCCCCUUCCUUAUUCGUACCAGGUUGUACGCCCCCCUUAGGUCCAGCUUUGUGAAAAUCUUUCCCUUCCGCACCCUUGUCAAAAUGUCGUCAAUCCUGGGCAUAGGGAAGGCUACUGGUUCUGACACUGCAUUUAAGGCCCUGAAGUCACACACCAGCCUCGGCUUGUUCGUGUUUUUCUUAUCCACAAAAACACUGGGCUGCCCCCCACCGCCCUGGACUCUCUGAUGAACCCUCUCUUCAGGUUCUUGUCAAUGAACUCUCUUAACUCCUGCAUCUCUCUGUCUGACAUGGCAUACAGCUUGCCUACAGGGAGCUGUGCUCCAGGGAGUAAGUUGAUUUGACAGUCAAAGGGUCUAUGCGGGGUAGUUGGUCAGCUUCCCUUUCGCUGAAGACGUCACGGAGAUCUGCAUAUUGUCGUGGUACCUUCACGUUCUCUGUUACUUCAGUCCCUGCUAGGGUGGCUUGGACCCCUGCCAAACCCUUUCCCUCCUUGCAGUGUUCUAAGCAAUGUGCUGAACCAAAAGAAACCACUCUCUGAUGCCAGCCCACCAGCGGAUCAUGUAACGCUAGCCAGCUCAUCCCUAAUAUAAUGGGAGCUCCUCCCAAGGUGGCCACAUUAAAAGCUAUCAGUUCGGUGUGUCUUGCUACCUUCAUUAUCAUUGGGACGGUCUGCAAGCUGACUUCUCCACCCAACAGCUCCCUGCCAUCGAUCGUGGUCACCUGCAGGGGCUGCUUAAAGGGAUUGUCUGUAUCUGGUGUUCAGCUGCAAACUCCUUGCUCAUGAAAUUGCAGGAGCUGCCUGAGUCCAACAGCGCCUUUAUCUUUAGAGGGUGUCCGUUUGGCAGCUCUAGCGUCACUUCUAUCACUAGGGCGGGUUUAGGAGGUUCUGGCGUGGGCACUCUCACUGCUCUUUGGCCUGGCUGCUGUGCCCUGACAGUGGCAGCCAGGCGUUGGCUUUACUUGCUCCGGUAUAUUUUCCUCUCUUCCAUCCACAGCUCCUACCAUCCCUUGCCAUUCUUUCCUCUGGGGGCAGACUCUGGCAAAGUGACCUGGCUGUUGGCAGAGAUAGCAUUUCCGGGCGCCUUUUCCCUCCUUCUUUGCCCCCUCACUGGGCUUUGAAACUGCGCGCGCGCGCUGUUCCGAUUUCCAUCGGCUCUGCCGGUGGGAAAGUUGGCUCUGGAAUGUCUGGAAUGCGGAACUCCUUCCAACGUUCCCCUUCCCCUUCCCGCCUCUCCAAUGCUCUCGCCUCCUGGCGCGCUCCUAUGGCCAGCGCUGAUUUGGUCAGCUGGUCCAUAGACUCCGCCCUGGGCGCCCGGGAAAGUUCGUCUUUCACAGCCGAAGAAAGCCCUUCUUCAAAGAGCAUUUGAAUGGGUUCCGCCGAUAAGUCCCACCCCAAUCUGUGAACAAGCAUGGUGAACUCAGUCCAGUACUCACGGACAGAUCGGCUCCCUGUUUGCAACCCAUUAACUGUCUGCGCACCACUCCCUUUUCAAUAUCGCUGGAAAACAUCAGAUCCAUGGCGCGAAAGAACUUCAUCGUGUCCUUUAAGACGUCAUUAUUCGCUGCCAUCAGGGGUCUAACCCAGUCUCUCGCCCCUUUUCAAGAUGCUCAAUCACGAAAGCCACUCGUGAUUCCUCGUCAGGGAAUUCAUCAAACUGCAGAUUGAGUGCAUAUUGCAUUUCUGUCCGAAAACCAUGAUAGUUUUGGGCUCCCCCAAACUUCUGCACCAAUCCUGGUACCUUUCUGGCGAACUGGGUGGCUUUCCCCUUUGUCUGCAUCCUGAGCCCUCCUCUCCUCAAGCCUCGCCGUCUGCAUCGCUAGCUGGACCUCCAACAUCUGGUACCUUUCUUCCAGGCUUGGACCCGCUCCAGCUCCUGCUUCUCCGGUUCCGGCUGGGUUGCUCAUGAUGCCUUCUCCUGCACAAGCUGCUUUCAAAGACUGUCGGAAUGCUGAUAUGGGAUGAUUAACUGCUUGUGCGUAAAAUCGUAUCCCCUCAGAGUUUGUUCAAGUCCACAAACCUCUGUCUGUGACGGAGCCCCUCAGACAUGGCUACUCUAGUCACUAGCAGAUUCCGACAGUGGUUGCUUUCGUAAUCGCUUCCAACAUAAAAGCUCCUUAACGGAAACACGUCUUCUGGAAUCUCUGCGUGACAGUUUCCGGCGAGGAGUGGGUGUUCUUACAGGAGGUCCUGAAACCUCCCCACUGUUUUCGCUGGAAGUGUCUCUGAGCCAUCCCUCCAGCUCAGCUCCUCUCCCCUGCUGGUUCCCUCUUCAGCUGCUGCGUCUCUCCCAACCUGUGUGAGCCCUUUCACCUCCCUGUUGGUUCCCUCUUCAGCUGCUGCGUCUCUCCCAACCUGUGUGAGCCCUUUCACCUCCCUGCUGGUUCCCUCUUCAGCUGCUGCGUCUCUCCCAACCUGUGUGAGCCCUUUCACCUCCCUUCCGUCCGAUGGCAGUUCCCUGACAAUGAAUAAGAUCCUCCCCCCCCCCCCCAACUGUAUAAAUUAUGUUUCUUCAGUGACCUCUGUUAGAAGAUCUCUCUAUUUACCUCUUUCCUCACCCUUCAGGAAAACUACCAGUCUGUUUACAACUGGCAGUAUGUCCAUUGCCUGUACUUCUGGUGUCGGGUCCUGAGCACCAUCCAUCCGAACGACAUCAUGGAGCCUUUGAUCUACCCGUUGACCCAAGUCAUCAUAGGCUGCAUUAAGUAAGUCUUUCGUUUCCUCUGUGUCAGGCUUGCCUUUCGCUUGUUUGCCUUUCGAAACCCAUGUGUUCAUAUCCCACCUUUCCUCCGAGGAGCUCAAGCUGGCGAAGAAAGUUCUCUCUUAUGUCUUCGGUUUUAUCCUGUUCCCUGUUUCCACUUUUAUUCUCACAGCAACCUUGUGAGGUAGGUCAGGCUGUGAGUCGCACCCAGUGAGCUUUCUGGUCUAAUGGGGAAAUUAAAUCCUGGUCUUUCAGGUCCUAGUCUGACGCUCUUAGUGCUAUGCUGUAUGGCUCUCAAAACAUACAAGUCCACUCUCAAAAUAUAUUAAUUUAGGAAAAGCGGGUGGAGGAAUGGCGAUGGGACCCCCAGUCCCUUGGAUUCAGGAACAGCACCUGUGGUGGUCAUGGCAUCUGCUUCAAUGGGCCCUCGGACCCAGGCUCCUCUAUCUGGGUCAAUUAGCUGAGAACCAGGAACUGGUCAACUCAUCUGCCGCUGGCACUCUAGUCUCUGUCUCAGCUGGGCUCCCUCCUCUUCCAACUCCCAAGGCAAUGACAUCUCCUGGUUUACCUGUUCAUGGAAAUUGGCCUGCCUUCUGGGCUUCAUUUGGAGUUUUGAGAAAGUGACGUAGGUGCCAGUCUCAAAAUGUCUGCCGGGAGGUGGGUGGCAUGUUGCAAAAUGGCCACCACGUUGAAAGAAGGGGGGGGGGAGGAGACAGGACCAACAAAAAUAGGGUGGGCAAUCCCAAUCCUGCACAGCUGCCCUAUGGGAGGGGGAGAAAUCUCCAUCAGCCACUCACUGAGGCCACAUCUGCACUAUGCAUUUAAAGCAGUAUCAUGCCACUUUCAAGAGUCACGGUUUCCUCGAAAAAAUCCUGAGAAGUGUAGUUUGUUAAGGGUGCCCAGAGUCGUUAGGAGACCCCCUAUUCCCCUCCCAGGGAUACAAUUUCCAGAGUGGUUUAGCAGUCCCUUUUCCCUGGAAUUCUUGCUCUGUGAGAGGGAAUAGGAGUCUCCUAACAACUCUUGGCUCCUUUAACAGAUCAUGGUUCCCUGAAUGCUUUGGGAGAAGCGAUGAGUGUUUAAAGUGGUAUCAUAUGGCUUUCAGCCCGUAUUGCAGACAGGGUAAAAAGGAAGCUCUUUGCACCUGCAACGAAAAAGAGGGCAGGCGUCUAAUCCUGGCACCGGUGAGAUGUGGGCAUGUUUAAGGGGGCAUGUUCAGUGUUGGAGAGGCUGAGCCCUUGCUGAAAUUUUGAGGGUUAAUUUACUGAGGCUUUUUGUGGGCAUUAUAGGACAUACCAGCGGGCACACUGGUGCCCAUGGGCACCAUGUUGGCAGCUCUCCCUGGGUUAGAACAUCAUAAACCAGCAUAAGCACAAAGUAUCCAGAAUGAGUGAUGGCCCCUGAAAAGGAGCCGCUUGAGAUUUGUUGAUGCUCUUGACAUAUUUCUGCAAACCUAUACGUGUAUGAAGAACCCUGAAUGUUUUUGUUAUUUGAAACACACACGUAACACACUCAGGCCCACACCAGCUGAUUCCGAGCUUUGGGACCACACUUGGAGGCUAAUGGGUGUGCAGUAAAUUUUCUAAAACUCCAGCAAUCUCCAGAAAUCCUGUUAAUGCCGUGUCCAGAUUGCACGGUUGGUUUAAAAAAAAAAACACCUACGUUGCUUGCGUUUCCGGGCUCCUCUGAGUGUUGAUGAAGAUAAACAGGUUUAAACGAUUUCCAGAGCUCGCCUCUCUCCCCCAUUCAAUCUCUCUCUUUCCCUCACCCCCCGAGAUGUCUUUCCGUCACUUAAGCGGGGCUUUUAAUUGUCCUGCGGACGAGCUGAGGCAGUUUUCCACCUGUCUAAGCAGAUAAAUCAGCUGCCUCUGAGGCCUCCCGGAAAGGUGAGCUCAGCAGGUCCCUGGGAGGAGAGGAGCGGAAUUUUGCUGGUGACUGUCACAAAAGAGGACGGCUCUUGGGAUGGUGUGCAAAAGUUGUUUUUUUUAAACAGGCCCUAAAAGCUUUGAAAAUGGAGGGUGUUUGUAUCUAGAGAGAGCAGCUUGAAUUUUUAAAAGUUCGCACAAACGUUAGAAAUCAGGUAUGCUGUUUAUUCUAGAUGCAGAAUAUGGAUGGAGCAUGAAGAGGUCCUUGUUCCAUCCAUAUUCUGCAUCUAGAGUAACCUGUGCAGAUCGGUUGUUCGCAUUUGUACAAACUUUUUAAAAAUUCAAACUGGUCUCUUACGAAUGUUUAAAAGGGCUGUAUCUCAGUCAGUUAGAGCAUUUGUCUUGCAUGCAGAAGACCCCCAGCUUCAGUCUCUGGCAUCUCCAGGUAGACUUGAGAGAGAACCCUGUCUGAAUCCCUGGGGAGAGCCACUGCCAGUCAGUGUAGACAGUACUGAGUUGGGUGGACCAGUGCUUUGACUCAUUAAGCUUUUCUCUUAAGACAUAUGAACGGAGGAAGCUGCCUUAUAUUGAGCCCAUCUCAAUAUACAUUGGUCCAUCUAUCUUGGUAUUGUUUACAAUGAAGGCAGCAGCUCUCCAGAGAUCCAAGCUGGGUUCUCUCCCAGCCCUACCUGGAAAAUACAAAGGGCUGAACUUGCAGCCAUCUGCCGAGCCUCAAAAUGGCACUAAGAAAUCGAAUAGUUUUCAGAUAUAGCUCCUGCAAAAUGCUAAAAAGCACCAUGAGUUUUCAGCUGAAAACAGCCUUCCAGUGGAGCUCUGGAAAUUUGGUUCAUCACCUGUCAACACAUGAGGGUAAGGUUUGACCCUACAGAUGUUUUUGAACUGCACCUCCCAUCAGUCCUGGCCAUCGACCAUGAAAAAACAAUAGUGUCGUACCUUGGUUGACAAAUGCCUUGUGACUCGAACGUUUUAGCUCCCAAAUGCUGCAAACACGGAAGUGAGUGUUCCGGUUUGCGAAUGUUCUUUGGAACCCAAAUGUCUGACACUGCUUCUGAUUGGCCGCAGGAGCUUCCUGCAGCCAAUCCGAAGCCGUGCCUUAGUUUCCGAACGUUUUGGAAGACAAAUGGACUUCCGGAACGGAUUCCAUUCGACUUCUGAGGUACCACUGUGGUACCUCGGGUUAAGUACUUAAUUCAUUCCAGAGGUCCGUUCUUAACCUGAAACUGUUCUUAACCUGUAGCACCACUUUAGCUAAUGGGGCCUCCUGCUGCCGCUGCGCCGCCGGAGCAUGGUUUCUGUUCCUGAAGCAAAGUUCUUAACCUGAAGCACUAUUUAUGGGUUAGCGGAGUCUGUAACCUGAAGCGUAUGUAACCCGUGGUACCACUGUAUUUGAUAAAGAUCGAUUUCUUAAUGCCUUUCAAUCCUUACCCCCCUCUACACCACAGUGGCUUUUCACAAGUUAUUGACUUUAAAUGUGAGGAGAGGGGUGGAAAAGAAAAGAAAAUGGCAACAGAUUUUAGAAGGAACGCUUUUGGCUUGUUUUAAUUCUAAACAUCGGGUGGUUGAGAAGCGCACCGUGCUGGUUACUUUUUUGCCCAGAAGGUGGCGCUUUGCCCUCGAGAAACGGAGCCGCGGAAGAAACGAGAGUGGAAGCUAAUGCCGUCCGCGGGAGCUCUCUUGCUUCAGGCAGGAACCAGGGCAGAAUUUUAAAUGUGCUUAAACAAGAUAACUAGGCAGCACAGGGGUUGCCGACAGAAGCUGGAAUUGACUCCUUUCGCCCGCUGCCUCCGAAGGCCCCCCCACCCUCUGGCGCAUGGGGGGGGGCUCGUCGGGCUUCGUUUCCUGCGGUUUGACAGAGAUUUGAGGGAAGAGUUGUGGGGCAGGAAUGUGGGCCUGGGGGUUCAAGAGUGCUGUGUGCGGCUGCCAGAAUGGAUUUUGGCUGUUGCUGUGUUAAAAAAACAAUGCUUUGCCAAGAACGUGUGUGUGUGUGUGUGUGUGUGUGUGUGUGUGUGUAGUUAGGACUGAGAAGAAUAUAAGGGCGGCCGGGGUGGGGGGGUUGUCUCUCCAAGUUAAUCACAUAUACCCAGAACCACCCUUCUUCUUUUCUCUUCAAAUGUUCCAUCUUUUUUUCUUUUAAAAUGUAAUUAUUUCUGAGGUGCCUCUUGCUGCAAAUACUUUGCCCAAAGAUACCCACCGGGCAGGCAGUUUGAACGUGGUUCAUUUGUCGUUGGCACCAACCGCACCGCAACCACAUUCAGACAUGAUGCUAGGCUUGUUCACACAUUACCCUGAACACAGGUACAAGCUGUCGCUACAUAUACAGGCCUUUGUGUGGAAGUGGGCACACUUGCCUAGCUCAGGUGUUGCCACUGUUAAUAUUUUCUACAAAGAGCUCAAGGUGGCAUACACCUCCCCCCCCCAACCCUGUAAGGUAGAUUUAGGUUGAGAGGCAGCGACUGGCCCAAAGCCACCCACUGAUCUUCGUGGCUGAGUGGGGAUUGGAACCCAAAUUUCCCUAGUCCUACUCCAGCACCCUAAUCACUAUGCAGCACUUGUUCUCAAAUGUAAACAGGCAAGACACUGGUUGAACACUGCGUGUAACUUACUGCACGAGUGUGCAGUUCAACUGUUUUGUGUCCUGAGGUACACAACUGCACACCCCUACUGUCUUCGCAGAAUUCCAGAAUGUUUUAAUAAGGUUUUGCCCCACAAAUAUAACUGCGGCUACUGCUCCUCUUGGUAAUUUUCUUGGUUGAGAGUAAUGUAGGGAGCUUAGUGUUGCCUACACUGGCUGGCAGCAGAUAAACAUUUAUGCUUUGCGGGUUCUGUGUCUAGAGAAGGUGUCUCAUUUGCCAACCAGGAACACAGGAAGCUCCUUUUAUACUGUGCCAGACCACUGGUCUAGCUAGCUCAGUGCUGUCGACAUGGACAGGCUCUCCAGGGUUUUAGACAGCAGCCAUUGCCAUCCCUACCUAGACAUUUAUUUAUUUAUUUAUUUGCAUUUUUAGCCCACCUUUUUCUCAAAGAGCUCGAAAGUGGUUUACAAGGUUCUCUCCCUCACAACUACCCUGUGAGGUAGGUUCAGCUGAGAGAUUGUGACUGGCCCAAGGCCAGCCAGUGAGCUUCAAGACUGAGUGGGGAUUUGAACCCAGGUCCUGGCCCAGGAGUCAGCAAACGUUUUCAGCAGGGGGGCGGCGGUCUACUGUCCCUCAGGCCUUGUGGGGGGCCAGACUAUAUUUUGAAGGGGGGAGGAAAUGAACGAAUUCCUAUGCCCCACAAAUAACCCAGAGAUGCAUUUUAAAUGAAAGGACAUAUUCUACUCGUGUAAAAACAUGCUGAUUCCCAUACUGUCCGCAGGCCGGAUUUAGAAGGCGAUUGGGCCAGAUCCGGCCCCUGGGCCUUAGUUUGCCUACCCAUGUCCUAGUCCGACACUCUUAACCACUAUGCCACACUGUCUCUGUGAGUCACAGUAGGCUAGCCCAGUGUUUCCCAAACUUGGGUCUUCAGCUGCUUUUGGAUUACAAUUCCCAUCAUCCCUGACCACUGGUCUUCUAGCUAGGGCUGAUGUGAGUUGUAGUCCGACAACAGCUGGAGACCCAGGUUUGGAAAGCACUGGGCUAGAUGGAUCAAUGGUUUGAGUAGAUGACAGCUUCCCAUGUAUUAAAAGAAGGACUGUAGCUCAGUGGAAGAGCAUCUGCCUUGUAAGGCGAAGGUUCCAGGUUCAACCCCCUUCAUCUCUAGAUUGGGCUACAAAAGAUUCCAGGCCGGAAACCCUGGAGAGCAGCUGCCAGUCAGUGUGGGCAAUACUAGCUAGUCGUCCAAGUCGAUAGAAGGCAGCUUCUGUGUUCCUCAGGCAACCACCUAUCUUGUACUCCAGCCUUUUCCUGUCUCGCGGCUCACCGGUCAGCUGGUCCGGCGACAAACUCUCCUGGCACAUACUUCAUUCCAGGCCUGUCCCUCGCCGCUGGGAAGUUUUUAAGCUGGCUGUCGCCUUGCCUCGCUCUCUGAAAUUAAUGGCCUUGGUUUACAGUAAAUCUAUACCUUUUAACAGGUUUAUCCCCCAAUCAAUUAAUUCCUGUAGAAGGUUUUCGUCAUCGCUUUCGCCGGUUGCCAGGUCUCCGGGGGCGGGAAAGUAGAUUUAUUUCCAUAAUGGAUCCAGUGAUAAUUAUUUCACUAUUUGGCGGGUGGGUGGGUGGGGGUGAGGGUGAAGGGGUGGUGUGUGAUUUAUAUGGUGCGGCUGAUGCAGUUUCUCGCCCUCAUUGGUUUUUACAAUCUCAGCAGUCGCCGUUGCCGUUUUGUGGGGGUGGGAGUGGGGAGCAGUGUGAUGUGAUUUGCUUCUCAGAACAAGAGCUGUGAUCAGGGAAUGACUUUGAAAAGUGGGAAGGACUUGCAGAGGGUGUAGAAGCAGGAAGAAAGGUGUGAGUUCCUGUAGAUCUCUCCGUUUUUUUAAGCGGAGCAGUUGUUCUGGGAUGGCGACCCUUGAACUCUGUCCCUGAUUGUACCAGGAAUGGGGAACCUCUUGACCAGGCAUAGGCAAACUCAGCCCUCCAGAUGUUUUGGGACUACAACUCCCAUCAUCCCUAGCCAACAGGACCAGUGGUCAGGGAUGAUGGGAGUUGUAGUUUGCCUAAUGCCUGCUCUUGACAUUCCAGAUGUUGUUAGGCUCCCAGUUCCCAUCAUCCCUGGCCAUUGGCCAUGCUACUUGGGGUUGAUGGGAGUUGAAGUCCAGUAAUGCUUGGAGAGCCACAGGUUCCCCCAUCCCUGUUUUGACAAGUCUUCAGAUCAGCCACUCGUGCAGAGAGACUACAGGGAGGCACCUUCUCUGUUGCCUUUUCUGUUGCCUGCUAAGGACAUUUGUAUUUCAACCCAUCUUCUAAAAACUUUUUUGAAAUCUGCUUUGGACUUGCAUGGAUUUUACUUUAUAGGCUGGUGUAGUUUUUAAUCAGUUUUAAUAUUUAUAAUUGUUUUUUAAACACUACUUUUAUCUAUGCAGUAAUUUCAGCUGUUUUUAUAUACGUAACUGCUAUAUAUAGAUGUCAUAAUAAUAAAAAGGAAAUGUUGCAUUUCCAGUUUAAUAAAAUCCAGGGCAGAAACUCAUGCAGAGACGUAACAGGGAGCCACCUUUCUGAGCAAUACUUCCCACUCCCAGAAGCCUCUAGUCCAGGUGUGGGGAACUUCUGGUCCUCCUAAUGCUGUUGGACCCCAUCUCCCAUCAUCCCUGACUGUUGGCCAUAUUGCCUGGGGUUGAAGGGAUGUGGGAGUCCCGACAACUUCUGGAGAGCUAAAGGCUCUCUACCCACCCUUGCUGUAAAGAAAUAAAAAUCAGUGGCUGAGGCCUUAUUAGCUUAGUUUCUGUCUCAUGGACUUUCAAGCCAUGCUUUCAACUCCUUAGUGUUCAUCCCUGGCUCAAAUCAAACCAAAGUAAAUGCAAAACUGCAUUUUGCUUAUGUUCAUCCAUUCUUGCUGUUCCUUUGCCUUGUCCUGCUGCUGCUGGUGGACAAAGUGUGCAUUAGAAGGCCUGUAGAAAUACAUGUGAAGCUGUUCUGCCAACAAAUCAGUUCUCAGGUUUGGCUCUCAUGGCAGAAACCUCUAUAGCACGAUUUAGAGUUUUGAUUCUGUGGCUGACGACCGUUCUCCUCUUUCUCUCCCUGCAAGGCUGGUGCCCACAGCUCGCUUCUACCCCCUGCGCAUGCACUGCGCCCGGGCCCUGACCCUGCUGUCGGAGAGCACUCAGACAUUCAUUCCUGUCUUGCCCUUUAUCUUGGAGGUGAGUGCUCUUUUCAUCAGUGUGCAUGGCGCAGUAAUAAAAUCUAAAGGAGCUUCCUGUGUGUUCAGGACCUCUUCCAGGUGGGCACAGGGUGGACCACCAGCGGCUCUGCUACCAAGACAGCGUCCUCCGUGGAUUUCAGUGUGCAGGCUGGUCUUUCGGACAAACUGCUCCCAAGUUGGGCUCCGCCUGCAAUAUCCACUUAAAUCGGCAUCGCACCGCUUUAAACCAUUAUGGCUCCCCCCAAAGGAUCAUGGGAACUGUAAUCUUUCAACUGUUAUGUCUUCCCCCAAAGGAUCAUGGGAAGUGUAAUCUUUAAACCAUUAUGUUUUCCCCCAAAGGAUCAUGGGAACUGUAAUCUUGUAAAGGAGGUACUGAGAGUUGUUGGGAGACCCCGUUCCUCUCACAGAGCUGCAAUUCCCUGGGAAGAGAGGGACUGACUGAGAAAACCACUCGGGGAAUUGAAGCUCUGCCAGGGGAAUAGGAGUCUCCUAGCAACUCUCAGCACUCUUAACAAAUCGCAGUCCCCAGAAUCUUUUGGGAGGACGCUGUGACUGUUCAAAGUGGUAUGAUACAGCUUUAAAUGCAUAGAACAGUCUUGUUUAGGGUUUUCUAUGUUAACAGCAAAAGCUUAAACUUGGCUUGGUACCAAAGCAGCAGCCAUCUGGCCCGGCGAUGAAGAGUUCUGGAGGACUCCAAAGCUUGCACACUGUUUUGAAAUGUUGUUGGCCUGAUAAAGGUUUAGCUGUAAUGUCGAUUCUUACAGGUCCAGAAUGGCUCCCUCUCAUAAGUUUUGCUUUGCAGUUAUUUCAGUUAGUUGGGCUUGGUAACCGGACCCAAGGGGUUGUGCUGAAGGCGGCUGCUAUGCUGCCCUCCACAUUUGGGACAAAUUUUGCGCAUCCCCUAGGAAUCUGCCCCCUUCCCCAAAUUUGAGCUGCAAGCUGCCUCUUGAGAACUGCAUCGUGUGGGGCCACAUUUACACCAUAUAUAAAAAGUGCUGUGAUACCAUUUUAAGCAGCCAAUGCUUGCCCCAAAGAACUAUGGGAGCUGUAGAACAUUAAAAGGUUCUGCGAGUAGUUAGACGACCUCCCCCCCAAUCCCCACCCACAGAACUAUAGUUCCCAGAAUUCCCUGUGAAAACUGCAGAGUUUGUGUGUGUGGGUGGGAGUAGAGAAUCUUCCAACAACCCUCUGCACCCUUAACAAGCUACAGUUCCCAGAAUUAUUUGGGGGGUGGGAAGAAGCCACAACUGUCACAAGUGGUAUCGCAGUGAUUUAAGCAUGGGUUGCGAAUGCGGACUUGGGAGCAAAUCCUACAGCGUAACUCAGCUGUGUAGCAACCUCUGUGCAGGAUCUGUUGCUUGCAUUCAUUAUGGGGCCCCCUCCACACACUGUCCUGCUUAACUAUUCCCCCGGCAUCUGGCUAUUUGUGCUCUUUGAAAGGGGAGGGUGGGAAGGAAAAGGAGAAAUGGCAGACGGUGCGAAGUUUGGGGCGGGGAGGGGUGGUGGUUUGGGGAGAGGCCGUUGCCUGGGAAUUAGCCAAGCCACCGUGGUUUGCUGGUAAGCGAGAACCCUCCUGUGGUUAUUUUUUUUAUGUCGUUGCAAACGUCCGUUUGUUAACCACAUCCUUUCCGCCUGCAGCAGCCAGCGAAGGCCCCCCUCCGCACUCUUCCUCUCCCUCUUUCUCUCUCUCUCUCUCUCCCGGACCCCUUGCGGCUUCUUGGCUGUUCCCCUCCGUGCAUCUGUUUCCUUCCUCCUUCUCGCUCCCCGCUGCGCUGCUGAGCUCCCAGCCCUCAACCUCCGGUAGAUAACAGGGUCCCAGCGGCGACGCCUCCUCCCUCGUGGCAAGCCACAUAUAUCAGCCCAGCCGCCCCCGUGGUCUCAGCGUGCUUUUCCUCCUGGCUUCCGCCAGCGACCACAUCCGAUGGCGCUGGGCUCAUGCAACAGGCAGCUCGCCCACGGCGGGUGGGGACGGCGCACACGGACUGAGUGCCUGCGUUGGGAAGAUCUUGGUUCAUGACUCUUCACCGAAGACAAGCAGCCCCUUUAUAAGAAGGAAGUUUGUGUGGGAAUAAGCUUCUCAAAAUGCGGAACUUCCUUUCAAUCUUCUGGUUCCAGUAUUUUUGUGAGAAGAUAGAUAGAGAUAUAGAUAGGUAGAUAUAUAAAUAUAGAUGGUUGGACAGUGUUCUUGAAGCUACAAACAUGAGUUUGACCAAGGUGCGGGAGGCAGUGGAAGACAGGAGUGCCUGGCAUGCUCUGGUCCAUGGGGUCACGAAGAGUCGGACACAACUAAACGACUAAACAACAAUAUAUAGACACACACACACACACACACAGAAACACACACACACUCAUCCGGCUUAGUUUUGCUCAGGAGCAGACCCAUUGAAAUCAAUGGACCAGGAUUAGUCACGUCCAUUUAUUCCAGUGGGUCUACUCUGAGUAGGAUCAUGCUGUCCUGACAACAGCAAUGUGAGGUAGUUUAGGCCUCUGAGCUGUUGUCCCCACAGCAGCCUGUGAGCUGUUCUUGUCUAAGGUUCGCAGGUUGGGGGGUGGGGAGCGACUAGGCCACUGAAGAUGAGCCAGCAUCCCCCACUUCCCCAGAAGUUAAGCACCUGUGUUGUAGGCGAGGUCCUGAGUUAGAGCAUAUGCUCUACAUGCAAAUGAUGAUCGCAGGCUGACUCUCAGGUAGGGCUGAGAGAGGCCUCGGCCUAAAACACUGGAGAAUGGCUGCCAGUCAGCGCAGACAAUACUGAGCUAGAUGGACCCACUGUCUGACUCGGUAUAGGCCGCUUCCUAUGUUACUGUCUUCAUGUAUUUGAUUCCCUCCUCCCUUUCAGAAACAAAACUUGCUACGUGUCGAAAAUGGCACACCAAAGAGAUCGCCACUGCAGAACCCUGAAGUGCUAGUUUUCUCCAUGCAAGGACUUACGUUGUCAUGGGGCAGGGUGUGUGUGACCAUUCUUUUUUAUUUAGACAGGCCUGGUAUGUUCCUAAGAUCCAGCCCCAUCUUCUGAGGUCACCUUAUUUCCACCGUUCAAAUGAAUUUCUCCGGAAUCCUGGCGUGUGCUUUGCGUGACAAAGGAUGCAAUUACUCUCCCCUCCCUGCUGCUCUCAUCCUAAAGUAACAGCAGGGAAAGGGGCCUUCUGCUGCUCCUCUUUUCUCUAACUGUGCUCCCCCCCCCUUUCUGCUUUCCCCCCUGCCCUUGUCACCACCCGCCGCUGACAGCCUGCAGGUCUUCUGCCGCCCCUCCAGGUGCUGGAAUUCCCCUGGCUCCUGCCACCGGAGAUAAGAGUCGUGUCAGUGAUGGGCCUUGACAGCCGCCUUGGCUGCUCUGGCGCGAAGAGCACCUGCCCUGCUCCCCCCCCCCCCCGACUGGCGGCUUCUCCCUUCCCUCUCCCUCUCUUGAGGGGUGAGACAUGUUUCAGGAGAGGUUGAGUGGGCGUCUGGAAGGGUCUCAGUGUAUAGGGUAGGGGGCAAGGCCGGGGGAAGGGGGUCUUACUUUUUAUUCUUACUCUUUUUCAGAGGAUUUCAUAGAAUCGUAGAAUUUGGCUCUACUUAAAAGUUUAUUAUUAUUGCUAUUAUUAGGAUAGGACUCUGCUCAAAGCUUCUGCUGUCAAUUAUUUACCCCCUGACUUUCGCUCUAAGGUCCCAGCAGGGAUUGAUGACUUUAAAUUACAGUAUUAAAAACUGUUUAGAACAACUUACAAUCAGAAGAAACAAAACAAGGUGGGUCCUUGCUGGGAUUCAGUCCUACUUGAAAGGAGAUUGAGAUUCGGCUCUACUUUACAGCUAAUGAUUGCUAUUAUUUUAUUAUCCGGCUCUGCUUAUGUUUAAGAGGAUGCUGGAGGGCAUUCCUUAUUCUUUGGCGGCACUUGGGAAGCUGAUUUUAUUUAUUUAUUUCCAUUUAGGGAUUGCUUCCUGGAGUGAUUUGCUAUAUAAUAAAAGCAUACGUGAAACAGAAAUAUUUUAAAAUUGAAAAAAAAAUGAUUGCAUUUUUAAAAAAUGAUAAAAACUCUCCCUGUGUGUACAUAAAUACAGUGUAAAACAAUAACAAUGCAUACUUAAAGAAUCAAUUCACACAGACUGCCAAGAAGUUUGACCACCGGCAGUAGCCCUUGUUCAGACACUUAAUACAGGAAGGCAGGUUUGUGUAAAUUAAGGUGGGAAAACUUUCCCCCAUGUCUCUCUCCCUUCUAACUCGCCUGCUCCUCCCACCUCCCCAUAGGGGGCAAGGCUGCUCUGACAAUCUAAAACCCAUCUCUUUCCCCCACCGCACUCCUUGGGUGUGUGUUUAAGGGGGGGGGUGUAGGAAUAAGGAAGGUUAACUGAUAAGCUCAGAGAGUCACAAGAGGAGAGACGCAAAUGCACUCAGCUGACUCUUUAAAUGGUGGGUCGCUGACGGAUGUGUGAGGGCCCCAUUGCUUGGACUCCAAGGGUGGGGGGUGGGAGAGAAAGAGAGGCCCAGGACAUGGGAAAGGGAAUGAAUAGUGAUUCUGGAAGAUGGAGGGGUGGUGGAAUAUUGUUCCACCAGGUGUUGCGCGGCAAAGGAAGACCCAACAUCUGUGUACCCUCCGCAGUUUAGCUUAUUGAACUCUGGCGGGGGGGGGCAGAUUUGGGCUGCUGUUUGUGUUCUCUCUCUCUCUCUCUCUCUCUCUCUCACACACACACACACACACACACACACACACACACAGAAACACACACACACACACACACAGUGCUAGGUAUCAAACUGCUUCUGAAAUUUAAGGGAGGCUUGAAAAGGAGUUUAUGAUACAGCACUAUCUGUGUUGUUUGGGGUUUGAUUCAUUUGUUUGAAAUGGCUGGGUUUAGGGGGAGGGAAUAAUAUAGGAAAGCUGCCUUAUACAGAGUCAGACCACUGGCCCAUCUAGCACAGGGUUCAUUGCACUGACUGCCAACAAUUCUGCAGGGGGUUUCAGGCAGGGGACAUUCCCCAGCCCUACCUAGAGAUGGUGCUCUAACCACAGCAAGCUUUUCAUCGUAUCUAAAGUAUUUCUUCAGAUCCUUUCUCUGCCAUAGACCUCACCGGGGUGGCUUUGGGAGAAGGGCACCUGUUUUCUCUGUCACUUCCCAGCCUCACAGGGUCGUUGAGAAGGUCAGUGAAAAUUACAGAGCAUUGACCCUGCUUCAUCUCGUAGCCAAGAGCUUUGACUUAGUUGGCCAUUCUGCUUGUGCAGCGUGAUUCUUUGCUUUUUCUCUUUAACGACCCUGGAAGUAUAGCCCAGAAGCAAAACCUUGCCUUAAGUCUGGCUAGCGAGCCAGGUUCAGGCAUUGCGCUAAACUGCAAUGUUUACUCACUCGCCCCAGAGCCGGAGGUCUCGGCUUCCUGUGAUGUGUGAAUGCAGCUUCUGGGUCACCCCUAGGUGGUAGCAGGGGAGCUUUCAGGAAGUUGGGUGAGGGGUGAAAAUUGUACCCACAGGAACUUUGACACUCUGUAAAAUGGCAUGUACACCAACAGCUUUGAAUGGUGGGUUCAGUUAACCCGGUUUGCUAGGGGAAGAUUCUUGCUAAUGCAAUGGGGCUUUCUCACCCCCCCAGGCAUUCCCCCCCCCCCAAUAUCUCCCAAAUCCCCUCUGGAGGUUCAGGAGAGUCCCAGGACAGCAAAGGGGGUGGAGGUGGGAGAGGAGAAUUGUUCUACCUGACAAGUAGAAAUCAUUGUGCCAUCAGAACGAUUAUAAUAGCAUGACACCAAAUUCCUUCCUGAGCAAAUAGUAAAUACUAGAUUGUGUCUUUUUAUCUCAUAGGUUUUCCAGCAGGUAGACUUCAACAAGAAACCAGGACGCAUGAGUUCAAAACCCAUCAACUUCUCCGUUAUCUUGAAGCUGUCCAAUGCCAAUCUUCAGGAGAAGGCUUUCCGGGUAAGGGGCGGGCUUUGGGGGCAGAGAUGGCGUGGUCCAGCCUCUGGCUUUUCGGAAUAGCAGCUUUUGAAAUGCCCAAUUUAUGAAAUCCUAAUCUUCCAUAUUUGCUUGCGUGGUUAUUUAUAGUCUGCCCUUCAAAGAAAUGUUCAAAUAAGUAGAAGCAGAAGGAUUUGGGUGUGUGGGGGGGGGGGAGAUAAUGAUUCUUCCCCAGCCCUGCCUGGAGGUGCCAAGGAUUGAACCUGAGACCUUCUGCAUGCGAAGCAGAUGCUGUACCACUGAGCUGCAGUUCUCUAGUAAAAUUUUUAGUUUGAGUACUAUAGAAUUAGAAUUGGGGGGACACCCUGCGGGCAGUGAAUACGACUUAACCGUAAGCCCGUCUGCACCACCUAAUUAAUUACGAAACCAAGUCUAAUUAAGCAUCACCAGAAGUAAUUAAUAUGAGUCAUUAUAUAUGUAACGUCUGGACUCUGAUUUGGCCAGCUGUAUGAAAGGUGCAGGUGUCCUUCGUUAUAAAAGAGCUGAACUGGGCAGAGGGUCUUGGGAGGCUCACCCGUCUGAUGCUCCAUCCCAGUGUUGUUGGACUCCCAACACCCAUCAGCCCCAACCAGCACAGUAUUGAACAGGCAUGAUGGGAACUGUAGUUUAAGCACCACAGCCGCCACGGUCUCUUCUCAUCGGAUGCGGCUCUCCAUUACCUGAUUGAUCAUUGAUAACUGGUGAUGCUCGAGGUUGAAGCUCAGAGUGGUGCUUUGCGACUGAACUAUGGUCCUCCUUUUAAAAAGAGCAUUAAGUUCCCAGUCCUCAUGGUUCUGAAUUCAGCGCUCCUUGAAAUGGGUGCAUAGAAAACUGCCUUUGGCCUAUCUACACUGAAUGGCAACAGUUCUCCAGAAUUUCAGACAGGGGACAUGCCUGGCCACACCGGGGGAUGCUAAGGCUUGAAGCUGGAGCUUGAAGCUGUUUUUUCUGCAUGCAAAUCAGAUUCCCUACCACUCAGUGCCUGGCUGGGAGAUCACCUGGAUGGAGAAGCCAUAUACUUUGCCUUGAGUUCAGUGGUGGAAGGACAGCAGAAUACAAGCACUUGCUUUUCCUCUCUCUUUCUAACAAGUCCCCCCUCUCCUGCUUUUUCACACACAGGAUGGGCUCAUUGACCAGCUAUAUGACCUGAUUCUGGAAUAUCUUCACGGCCAGGCCUAUACAAUCGGUUUUCCGGAGCUCGCCCUCCCAACUAUUCUCCAGGUGCGUCCAGGUGUCAAAAAACUAGCCUUGGGUGAAAAGGCACCUCUCUCUCUGGGUUAGCCCUGCCCCUCUAUAAUGGGGAUCCUGACUGAGCUUGUUCCCUGUGUAUGAUACUGCAGAGACUUGACAACCUACAGAAGUCUUGCUCAUCCAGGAAGUUGUCUGGUUAUUAGCGGUGAGCAAACAUGCCCUAUUUCUGGUCUGCAUCACUUUUGUAUUUGUUCACCCGUCAGUCCCAAAUUCUGCACUAGGAACAUAGGAAGCAGCCUUAUACUGAGUCAAACCAUUGGUCUAUCUAGCUCAGUGAGGUCUGCACUGACAGGCAGCAGCUCUCCCAAGGAUUCAGACAGGGGAUACUCCGUGCCAUGCCUGGAUCUGAGACCUUCUGCAUGCAAAGCAUGUGCUCUGCCACUGUUCUACAGCCCUUCCCACAGAAUAAUAAUUGUAGAAGUGGUUUUAUUGGGGUGCGACCCAAUUAAGUCUUACUCAGAGUAGAUCCCUUAACUUUAAUUGAGCUACACUGAGUAGGACUAGCAUUGGAUGCAACCCAUUACCUUUAGUUUGCUUAAUUUGUCAAUCUUUUAUAUCUUAGCUUAUUUCAUUUUAUUGUGCACUGAAGAAAGUUUGGUUGUUUACCGUUUAUAAAACCACAACUAAAUAACUAAGGAUUGUGCCCCAAUCCUACUCAGAGUAGACCCAUUGAAAUCUAUAGCCAUGACUGAAUCUGGUUCAUUAAUUUUAGUGGGACUGCUCUGAGGAGGAUUUAGGCUUGUCGCCAACAAAGUAAAUAAUUUAGUUUGCAGUUUUUCAAAACAUGCAAAUUCCAUGUGGAAAUUUUCAUUUAAAUACAUUUUUUUAAAAGUUGCAUUUUCUCCCCGUGUCCACUUCUAAAUAGCAGCCAUCCAGUUCAGAAUUGCCUACUUUGACUGACAGGGUUUCAAGCAGGAGACAUUCCCAGCCCCACUUGGAGAUGCUGGGGAUUGAACCUGGGACCUUCUGCAUUCAAAGCAGAUGCUCUACCACUGAGCUACGGCACUUUCUGAAAAUGACGUGUUUUUAAAAAUGCCCUCACUGCUUCCCUUUCUGCUGGGGUGGGAGUCCUGUCUGCAGCAGUGUCGUUGGGGGAACGCCUUUCCUUUCCACUCUCUUAAAGACGCCUCUGCAGGGCUUUGCUUUUCCUGGAAUUCCACCCCCUGCACCCCCUCCCUCUGGGCGUGGGGUUGGACUCCCAUCCUGGCCUGCCUCAUUCGUGAAACGCGGCUGGAAGGAUCUCCAGAGGAGACUUUUACAACCUUCUAGGGAAUCAGGCUGUAGUGGGCAGAGGAGAGGGAAUGUUUGGUUUUUAAUCCCUGGACCCUUUGCCCAGAACCCUGGGGUGGUCUCGUUUGCCCCAGAAGGUUGUUCGUAGGGAAGGAACAGCUGCCUGUCCUCCUUCAAUCUCUGAGGAUAAUCUGAGCUGGCUGGCUGUUUGGAGCAACCAGGGGGGAUGCUUGCAAUUAGCACGAACACGCAGGCUUCGAGCUUCAUCCCCAUCCGUAUGCCCUGGGGGAAAAGACUGUGAAAGACAGAGAGAGAGAGAGGAAGUGGGAAGGAAGCAAGGAGAAAGAAUGUCUUAAGGAAAGAAUUUGGGAGGGGGACCAUUCAUUUGGAUGCUGAGCUGGCUUUGCGUGUAGCAGAGUUCUGUGUCUGUGUUCUGUGCUUGGCAGCUGCGGUCAGAUCCAGACGCCCCUGCCUUGGUCACUUAACUUAAAGGUAAAGGGACCCCUGACCAUUAGGUCCAGUCGUGGCCGACUCUGGGGUUGCGGCGCUCAUCUCACUUUACUGGCCGAGGGAGCCGGCGUACAGCUUCUGGGUCAUGUGGCCAGCAUGACUGAGCUGCUUCUGGCGAACCAGAGCAGCACACGGAAACGCCGUUUACCUUCCCGCCGGAGCGGUACCCAUUUACUUAACUUGGGUGUCUUUAACUAGCAAACUGGAGGUUAAACUAACCCCUUUCCAGCCCCAGGAGGGAGAGCAGGGAGUGUUUGCGCAACGCACCUACGCACUGCAGCCGACGCACUAAUGUGUCGUGACACACAGUUUGAAAGCUCUGGGUUAGUGUGUUGGACUAGGGCCUGAGAGAUGAGGGUUCGAUUCCCCACUCGGCCAUGAAGCUCAUGGUGGGGUGAUCUUGUGCCAGCCGCUACUUCUCAGCUGUACCUACCUCUCAGGGUUGUUUUGGGGAUUAAAUGAGCGGGAGAGCUGUUGUAAGCCACCUUGAGCUCCUGGGUGAGGGGGAGAUGGGGUAUAAAUGCAACAAAUAAAAAAAAAAGAAAUAAAAUAAAUGCCAAUUGCAGGGGGGCAGAGUUGAUGUUGUGCUCAGGUGCUGUUUGCGGGCUUCCCAUUGAGGCAUUUGGUUGCCCAACAGGAUUCUGGACUAAAUGAACUUUUUUUUGUUCUAAGUUUCCCAUUUUUAUUUUUAAAGCUGGGGGACUAUGGAUCCUUUCAAUAGAGCUUGUACAGAAGAACUGCCCUGGUGGAUUGUGGUCAAAAAGUUGGAUCUCUCUAACCCCGUACCCUUAAUUCCAAAUAACAUGUUUAUAAGGAACAUAGCACCAUAUCGGGUUCUCCUUCCCUUCUGUAGCAUGAUGUGCUGAUGUUGUGAUGUCGUCCCCACUCACAAGUGAAUUCCACGAUUUGGGGGUGACUCUGGGCAUACCAUGCUUUUUCUAGAUGUGCAGCUCAGGCGGCGGGGGUUUCUGAGCCCAAAAUUCCAGUGACUAGUGGGGCAAUUCAGGGGAGAGAAAGAUGCAAAUGGCUAGCUUCGAACAAAGUUCAAACCUCAAGCUGCAAUCAGUUAGAAAUGAGAGGUGGGGGUCUGUUCCCCCCUCCCCUUCUUAGGGCCAUGUAAGGCAGGGGUAGGAAGCUGCCUUUAUACUGAGUCAGACCAUUGGUCCAUCUAGUUCGGUAUUUUCUGCACUGACUUACAGUAGCUCUCCAGGUUCAGUUCCUGGCAUUUCCAGGUAGGGGCUAGCCUGAAAUCCUAGAGAGCUGCUGCCAGUCAGUGUAGACAAUACUGAAAUAGAUGGACCCAACAGUCUGACUUAGUAUAAGGCAACUUCCUAUGCCUUAAGGGAAGGGCCGUGACUCAGUGGUAAAGCCUGCAGAAGGUCCCUGGUUCAGUCCUUGGCAGACUCCCUGUUUGAAACCCUAGAGAGCAGCUGCCAGUCAGUGUAGACGGUAUUGAGCCAGGCGGAGCAGUGGCUUGACUCUGUACACGGCAGCUUCCUGUGGGAUCCUGGAUCCUGCGUUCCAUGCUUUCCUGCUCUUUUGGCAGCUGUGCCGUACUGCGAAAUAUAAAGUUGUAAGGAGCAGAGUUGGGGAAUUUAAUGGGAUCAGUUCGUGGAAUGUCUCCUUCCUUUCCUGCAGCUGAAGUCGUUCCUGAAGGAGUGUAAAGUUGCCAACUACUGCAAGACGAUCCGUCAGCUCUUGGAAAAGCUGCAGGAAAACUCUGCCUACAUCACCGGCAAGCGGCAGAAAGCCACCUUUGGCGUCGCUAACCGGGAGGCUGUGGUGAGUCUCUGUUUUUUCUCUCUCUCUGGCUCAGCAUCUCGGGAGAGGGGCUCUGACUGCCGCUUGGCGGAGCCUCGCGCAAAGGCAGGAAGGAAGAGGAGGGCUGGGCGUGGAUGCCGACUCUCGCUUGAGUCGACUUGUGAAAAAGAGAUCAGCCCACAAAAACAACAACAACCCAGAGCUCUCGUUUCAUGACGCCCACUAAUAUUUUUUAAGGCCGUGGUGGAAAUCCCUUACGAUCUCUGGCCUUUAUGAUAAAAUUAUUUAGAGACCUCUGUGGCUGUUCGUAACCACAGCCCUGUAGAGUGGCGGGGGGGGGGGAGCUUGUGUGGCCUUCCAGAACUUGUUGGACUUGUGUCAGCCCACAGCCAGCAUGGCUCAGUGGUCAGGUGAUGGAGGUAAGGAGGGGCAGUAAAGGCAAAUCAUGGCCUAAUUCAGGGAUUGGAGGCAGGCUGUGUGAUCCUCAAGUACAGUGGUACCUCGGGUUAAGUACUUAAUUUGUUCCGGAGCUCCGUUCCAUUCUUAACCUGAAGCACCACUUUAGCUAAUGGGGCCUCCCGCCAGAGCAUGAUUUCUGUUCUCAUCCUGAAGCAAAGUUCUUAACCCGAGGUACUAUUUCUGGGUUAGCAGAGUCUGUAACCUGAAGCGUCUGUAACCUGAAGUGUUGGAAGAAGCUGAGGGAGAAGGUACCACUGUACUUUGUAUGUAUAAAAUGCAUGAAACCGUUUAACAACAGAACAGUGUAAAUUUAGCAAAAAGAGGUGGUUCCCACAAAACAAAAUACCUUGACCGUCAAAGGCUGGGGUAAAAAGGUAUGUUUUUGGCACAUAGCAGAAGUUGUUCUGCGAAGUUGUUAGGUGCAUCUCCGUGGGGAGAAGAGUUCCACACUUGAGGUUCCUCCCUUCCAAUGCUUCUGGGCUUCCUUGUUCAGAGGCCGUUUAUCUCUGAUGAUCAGUUUCUGAGCGAGGAUGUGGCGGGAUCUGUUUGACUUGGGCUGACACACAGAAAGCUUUUUACACAGCCUCCAUCUGCUGACAAAGUUUUGAGAUGGUUGGCCUUUAGGCUUACAGCUGUGCUAGACUUGGGGGGGCGGGGAAGAAGACUUCUCUUGGCUGCACUAAUCCAGUGGAUCAAAGUCGGCAUAUCAAGGAAUCAUGGGGAUGCCCAAACGACUGUUUGAACGACUCCUUUGCUGGAGUCAUAAUGAGAAAUAGCCUGCCCUUUCCCCUUCGGUCCUCAGCUGCACCAGCUGUAAAAUGGCCAUAGGAAUGCAGACACUAUGACUUGCCUCCAGGGGGAUGGGGAGGGGAAAGCUGUGAAGAUAUGCUCACAUGCUGGCUCUUAAGAUGGUGAUCACUUGCAGCUGACAACGGUAUUUUCUUGCUUACCUUGACAGGAGCAAUGGGAGAAAAAGGUCAGAGAGGAAGGGACUCCGCUGAUGACAUAUUAUGUGCAUUGGAAGAAGCUGAGGGAGAAGGAGAUUCAGCUGGAGAUCAGCGGCAAAGAGCGGGUAAGACACAGAUGGGAAAGCUGAGGCUCAGGGGCCAAAUACAGACCCCCCCCCAGCCCUCUCUCUCUGAUCCUCAGACCACACACCUCUUCCUAGACCACACUCCUUCCUGGCCCUCCUUCGCACCCUCCUUGAGUAAUUUUGCCUGGCUGGAAUAUGCCCUUUGAACAGACUGGAGAUGGAAUCAUUCUUGUCAGUGUCCUUCUGAGCCAGAGAUGGGACACCUGAGACCUUCCCAGAUGUUUCCGGACCACAUCUCCCAUCAUCCCCAACAAUUAGCUGUGCUGGCAUGGGCCUGAUGGAAGCUGGAGUCCAGCAACAUCUGGAGAGCCACAGGUUCUGCUUCCCUGUUUUAAUAAUAAUGAGCUUCCAGCUUCCUGGAGCCUUUAAUCCAGGGUCCAAAACAACAACAACAACUAGAGGGCCCAUCCCUAUUGUAAUCUUAAUAAGAGCCCAAGCAGCCACUCAUGCAGAGGCAUAACAGUGAGCCUCCUUUCUGGGUGGGGUUUUCAGCUCCCAGGAACCUUUAGUGUAGGGGUGCAGGUGGGGGGAGGACUACGGCCUUCCCUGAUAUUGCUGGGCUGCCAGCUGCGUCAUCGCUGACCAUUGGCCAUGCUGCCCGGGGCUGAUGGGAAAUGGAAUUCAACAAUGUCCAGAGAGCCAUAGGUUCCCCAGCCUCUGUCUUAAUUGUGUGUGUAGUUCUUUUCAGUUAAAGAGCAAGGGAUAUAUUUAUAUGGGCUGUCAUGCUGCUGCUUUAUGCUUUUGACUGAAACGGGGAGGACUAAAGUUUUCUGUUCUCCUGGCACAGAUGGAAGAUCUGAACCUACCUGAAAUCAAGCGGAAGAAGCCAGGCGAAGAGAAGGAGGACGAUAAGAGGGAGUUCAAGGACCUUUUUGAGCUGGACAGUGACUCUGAAGAAGGGGAAGAUGCUGUCGGCGGUCUGUCUGUCAAAGGUACAGCAGGGACUUUGAAGUUGGGGUGGGUGGGGAGAGCCGCAGUCUCCCCUUUGGCCACUAGGGGUUUGCAGUUGUCUUGUUCUCUUGAAAGCAGGAGUUGUAGCAGCCAGAGCACACCGGGAAAGCCCCCCACUCGCAGUUGCGAGGGAAUUAGGAAAAGAGCAUCCCUUUGGACAUUUGCUGCCGGUGUGUUUUAGCAUUUGGGAAUUGCUGGCUAUAUGUGAGGAUUGGUUUUGGAAGGGUUUUUUUAAAAUGUUUUUUUUCCCUAAAUAAACACAGAAAUAUACAAAGGGAAAGCAAAAGGCUCUGAGCAUUGGGCGAUCUUGUUAUUAGCCGUUUGGUGAGGCUGUUUGCACAUGGCACAAUGGGUCAGUGCACCUGGCUGUUAAGCAGAAGGUUGGUAGUUCGAGCCCAACCAGGGACAGCUGUGGGCAGGUUUUCUGCAUUGCAGAGGGUUGGACUAGAUGACCCUCAGUCGUGUCUUCCAACUCUAUGAUUCUAUGAUUUAGCACAAGCCUGCGUGCAGAUUCCAGAAGGGCGUCUCUGCUACUGCUGCUGUUCAAAAGAGCAGUCGGUUCUGCAUUUCUUCCCUGGUUUGCACCUUGGUUGCUUUUGAACAGCCUUCCCCGACCAGGUGCAACAACAACUCACUCACACUAAACUAUGGUUUAUCGUGACAUGUGAUCCCAGCCAUUGUGUCCAGACUAGAGACUGAGGUUUGUUUUGCUCCUGACUUACCUCGAAGAAGAAGCCAGGAAAAAGCUUUAGCUACAGAUUUCUGGUUUCCUGGGAGGGCAAGCAAAUCCCCAUCCUUGGCUCAAACAAUGCUAAAUUAGAGAUUGUGGUUUGCACCCUCCCUGCAGUAGAGGGAAGGAGCACAGUGGCCAAGACCAGCAUGUUCCCAGUAAACCAUGGUUUUCUGUGACUUGUGGGUCAGUGAAAUAAUCUAGACUUCAUAACACAUAACAAAUGCAAGGCAAAGUCAAAAUGAGCAGGUUGAAAACAAGGAAGAAAAAUGACCAGCCUUCACUAUUACCUCUGGUGGUGCUGAAAGCUUAAAUACAGUUCAGAGAUCUUUGGGGAGGGGCAUCUUCUCACUAGGCUAAAUGGUUUCCACUAACUAGUUCAUUAAUCUACUGGGUUGUCUCUAAUGCUAAUCCUACUCUGAAUGCACCCAUUGAAGUUAAUGAACGUGAGACUAACAGAGGUCCAUUAAUUUCAAUGAAUCUACUUUUGAGUAGAACUCAGCAACCCUGAAAUCAGGCAACAGCCUGAGUUGCAUCACUGUCUGUGAAGAACAUAGAAUCAUAGAAUCAUAGAGUUGGAAGAGACCACAAGGGCCAUCGAGUCCAACCCCCUGCCAAGCAGGAAACAUCAUCAGAGCACUCCUGACAUAUGGUUGUCAAGCCUAUGCUUAAAGACCUCCAAAGAAGGAGACUCCACCACACUCCUUGGCAGCAAAUUCCACUGUCGAACAGUUCUUACUGUCAGGAAGUUCUUCCUAAUGUUUAGGUGGAAUCUUCUUUCUUGUAGUUUGGAUCCAUUGCUCCGUGUCCGCUUCUCUGGAGCAGCAGAAAACAACCUUUCUCCCUCCUCUAUGUGACAUCCUUUUAUAUAUUUGAACAUGACUAUCAUAUCACCCCUUAACCUCCUCUUCUCCAUAAGAAGAGCCCUAUAGAAUCAGGCCAGUGGUCCAUCUAAUCCAGCAUCCUGUUAUCACAGUGGCCAACCAAAUGCCUGGGGAAACCGGCUGGCGGGAUUCGAGCACAAGAGCUCCUGUGGUUUCCAGCAACUGGUAUUCAGAAGCCCUACUGCCUUUGAAUGUAGAGGCAGGACAUAGCCAAGUAGCCAAGAAGCAUUCUUGGGCUAGAAGUGGAGGCUCUCAUGCUGGGCAAAUCACCCCACAGGCUUGCUUUUGAGCUUCCCUGGGACAUGUGGCCAACAGCUGGUGGGAAUAAGAUGCCAGACUCCGUCAGUCCGUCCCACUGUGGCAGUUCUUAAUGUUGUGUUUGGGAGUUCCUUGCGGUGCAAAUCUGGAUUUUAGUUCAUGUUUUUGGCGUGGCCGUGUAUGGGCGAGCCCCUCUCACGGCACUUGGAGGAAUAAACGAGGACAUUGGGCCUGUAUUGAUUUUGAGCUGGUUGCUUGGCAGUCUUCGCCGUCAGCAUUUUUUUCUACGCCGAGUUGAGCGUGACUCUAGAAGAGGCAGGAAUGCUUCUUCCUCUGCUGCUGCUCUGUGUGUGUGUGUGUGUGUUGUGCUGUGCUGGUGGCAGGGGCACUGGGUCGUAGCAGGGAACGGUGUUCGGGCACCCCUGGAGAGGCGGUUAGGCCACGCAUGGCUGGGCUGCUGAUGUGCCCGCCUUUAAAGCUAGCUGCCAACCCGGCGACACCAUUCUCCCUGCGAGGAGAGAGGCAAGGGAAAUCCUGUCAGCAUGCGGCGGGCUGGCAAUGCGAAAUGAAGUGACACGUUUUGGAGGCUGGCGAGCCUCCCUGGGUGGAACGACAGCAGGAGCUGUCACAGCUGGAAAUCUCCUCUCUCUUUCUCUCUCUGGUUCCCCAAAAGCAUUGAGGCCAUGUUUGUUUUCUCGGGGAAGGGCCAUUGCCCAGUGGCAGGGCAUCUACUGAGCUUGCAGGAGGCUCCAGGGUCAAUGGCAUCUCCAGGCGGGGUUUGGAAAGAAUCCCGUCCUGAAACCUUGGGAGAGCUGCUGCUGCUGCCAGCCAUGAUACCUAACUAGAUGGGCCAGUGGUCUGACUCUGUAUAAGGCAGCUUCCUAACGUUCCCAAAGUUGCAACCCCCCUUGAAUGCGGCCAAUUUCUGCUUUAUUUACAUGACCUUUUCAGCACAAGGUCCCUUAUGAGGAAACCCGGGCCGGGGGAUGGGGCAGGUGGGCGGAGCCAGAGACAAAAGUGGGCGGAGGUUCGGGUGCACCCCUUUGUGUUGUAGAAUACAGUGGACGUUCAGGUUGUGAACGUGAUCUGUGCGGGAGGCACGUUCACAACUGCAGCGUCCGCAACCCGCAGCGCCGCGUCUGCGCACGCGUGGGUUGUUAUUCGGCACUUCUGCGCAUGCGCAAAGCAUGAUUUGGUGCUUCUGCGCAUGCACAAGUGCUAAAACCCAGAAGAAACCCGUUCUGGUACUUCCAAGUUUCGGCACGUCCGUAACCCGAAAACGCGCAACCUGAAGCGUCUGUAACCCGAGGUAUGACUGUAGGUGGCUUCAUGCUUUUCAGACCCCAUGACCCAGCUCAAGCAUGCAUUUGGGAACCCACUGCUUAAUCUUUCCCCACAUAUUUGCAUGGUGGUGGUGCUCCUGUUAUGACCCCCUAGUGGGUCCAGGCCGACCCGUUGAAAACCAGUGCUGCAGACCACGUUUCAUCCAUGUUCCAAGAGUCAGAGGAACACCCAACCACAGCCUCUUAAUUCCCCAUCUUGUUAAAGAGGAGGAGAUAUGAUAACCACCUUCAAAUAUCUUAAGGCAAGUUGUCACAUGGAAGAUGGAACAAGCUUGUUUUCUGUUGCUCCAGAGCAUAGGAUCCGAACCAGUGGGUUGUAAUUGCCAGAAAGGAGAUUCUGACAAAACAUUAGAUCGGACUUUCUGAUGGGAAGAGCUGUUUGGCAGUGGAAUGGACUACCUCGGAAGGUGUUGGCCUCUCCUUCAUUGGAGGUUUUUAAAAAGAGGUUAGAUGGCCGUCUGCCUGACCUUCUUUAACUGUGAUUCCUGUGUUGCAGGGGGUUGGGCUAGAUGGCCUUUGGGGGACCCUCCAACCCUGCAGUUCUAUGAUUCUGUGGCAAAGAAUCUACAAAGUGUGUAGCUGGGAGUGCGGGGAAUCGUGCAGUUGUAAAGCUGAUAAUGCGCAGUGUAAAAAAUAGGGGUGGGGUAGACCCAUUAGGCAUAUGUGCGAACUUCCCAAACCGUAUUAAAACAUAUUUUUGGGGGGGGGGGCAGAACCUCCUCUUCUUCAUCUUCAUCUCCAAGCAUCUAACACUUUGCGGCAUGCUUGUAAAUACCCUUGAAAGCACCUGUUAGAUACUUAACGAAGACAUAUUCAUAUAUGAAUUGUUGCUAUGUAGCAGAUAAGGGACUAAGGGCUGCCGUGGAGAAAUUGCCACUGAUACAGGAUGUAAGGAAGGAGCACAACAUACUUUGUGUUUGCUUGGCUUCUUGUGUGUGUUUAGUGUGGGGGAUUUGUGCAGCUGGGAAAUCUGCUUGGUUAAAAAGAAAAGUUCUUGGGUACUGAAAUAUGUGGCCUAGGCAGAAUCCCAAGAUACAGAGGUCUUUCUUUUAAAAUCAUUUUUCUAGUCCUCUUGAUCAUAUAAACCAGGGGUGAGGAGCCCAGGGGCCUGAGGACUAGACGAUUUAUUCUUUUUUAAAAAGAAAAAAGUGGGGUGAGUCUGCAGAGAUGGAUCAGGAUUCCAAGCAAAACCUGCAUUGCUCAGCUAUCAGGUAAUGAGAAGCUAUCAGAAGCUUGGGAAAUGGGUGGGCCUGCUUUGGAAACAGUAUGGUAUUUACAUGGAAAUGGGGUGGUGGUGGUUAGACCUAGGCACAAAUUCUUCCCUCCUGGAUUCUGUAUUUCACCCUCUGAACCCUCCCACAACCUCCUUGAGUGCUUUUGCCUGGCUAGAAUAUGUCCUGGAGCCCUGCUAAUGUCUCUGUAUUGUCUGACAGUGGAAUGUUUAUAGCAGGCAUAGGCAAACUCGGCCCUCCAGAUGUUUUGAGACUACAAUUCCCAUCAACCCUGGCCACUGGUCCUGUUAGCUAGGGGUCAUGGGAGUUGUGGUCCCAAAACAUCUGGAGGGCCGAGUUUGCCUAUGCCUGGUUUAUAGUGCUGUUGAAAGCCCUCUGCUUUUUGCAUACCUGGAAAUAUAGCCUCCUGUACAAAGGUAACUAGCAGUUCGAAAGCACGUCAAAGUGCAAGUAGAUAAAUAGGUACCGCUCCACCGGGAAGGUAAACGGCGUUUCCGUGCGCUGCUCUGGUUCACCAGAAGCGGCUUAGUCAUGCUGGCCACAUAACCACCGGCUCCCUUGGCCAAUAAAGUGAGAUGAGCACCACAACCUCGGAGUCGGCCACAACUGGACCUAAUGGUCAGGGGUUCCUUUACAAAGGUAACAACCUCCUCUUUUUGCUCCGCCCACUUUGGCCUCUGGCACCACCCACAACUGGCCCUUGGAAAGUUGCCUGUAUGGGAAUGGGGCUCUCAGUCAGAAAAAGGUUUCACACCCCUAUAUCCAAAUAAUGGGUUUUGUACAGGGAGAAGCAAGAUGAUGAUGAUCAUAAUAAUUCUUAUACCUCACCCAUCUGACUAGGUUACGCCAGCCGCUCUUGGCAGCUUCCAACAAAAUAUAAAGGAAUAAAACAAAACAUCGAACAUUUAAAAGCUUCCCGAAACAGGGCAGAUGGCAUAGUAAGGUGUUCAUUGGAACUCAUGACAGAAAAGCAGCCGAGAAGGAUUGAUUGAUUGAGGCAGCAGGUUCCUAGUCCCCAUGAAUUCACCAGAGAGCAAGCCCCACCUCACAGCAAGCUCUUCCCUUGUUGACAGAAUGCGCUUCCUAUUUAUGCUAUAGCUGUAGUUUCUUGGCUGUGUUCAGAUGAGUGGAAAAUAAGCCGUUAAUAGCUUGGAAAUUACCAAUUUUCUGUUAAUUAGCAGCAGCUCACAGCCCCUCUUCCUUUUUUUUUAAUUAAAUAUUGCAGUAGUUAAGCACUCAUUAGCGUUUUAUAGCAACUAUAAUCUCUGCGGAGUAAGUUAGUCUGGAGAGCAGCCUGGCUCCUGAUAGUUAACCAUUGCAAACUUAGAUCUCUAAUCAAGACUAAAGGGUUGUACCUAAUGUUUAGACCCAUCUGAAUUUAAUGGCCUUGACUCAACUUAGGUUCAUUAAUUCCAGUGGGUGUACACUGAGGAGAACUUGGUUGGAGACAACCUUUCACCAGAGUGGGCCUUAUCCCAUUUUGACUUCCUCUUUCUCCAUAUCAGUCAUGAGGGGAAUAAGGCCCUUUGGAGCUGUAUUUUAUUCUAUGGAUUCUCCCCACCCCCUGAAAUAUAAAGAAGUUGGACCUCCUAAAUUCUCUGGCAGAAGUUAUGAGUUUGUGUGGUUGUUGUAUUUUUUUUAAUGCACUCUAGAUAGAUGCUGACUGCCUUAAGAGCCAAAUACCGUCUGGUUGGGUUGUGUUCUAAACUACAAAAAUGCAUAACAUAACUAGAAUGUGUUUUCAUUUUGAUUCAGAAUCCAUAUAUUUUUGUUGUCACAUGUUCCAAGUUUGCAAACAUGGGGACUAGUGCUUUGUUUGUUUGUUUGUUUGUUUGUUUGUUUGUUUGAAACGAAAACCACCAUUCCGAUAAGAACUAUUGGAGGGUGUUCAGAUAUGUCUCAAUAGCCACAUUACUGCUGCUUUGAAAUUAGGAAUACAGUGGUACCUCGGGUUGAGAACUUAAUUCGUUCUGGAGGUCUGUUCUUAACCUGAAAUGGUUCUUAACCUCGGGUACCACUUUAGUUAAUGGGGCCUCCCGUCGCUGCUGCAUGAUUUCUGUUCUCAUCCUGAAGCAAAGUUCUUAACCUGAGGUACUGUUUCUGGGUUAGCAGAGUCUGUAACCUGAAGCGUCUGUAACCCGAGGUACCACUGUAUUCUUCUCUCUCUUCUGUGUGGCUUCCCUCAGAAGAAAUGGUCUGUAUUUUACUUUAUUUUUAAUUAUACUAAUGACCAUAUACAGGAGCCACACUGCAAUUAUUGCUUAGAUGUACUUUCCUGUUUGGGGAAGAGGGCCUAAAAUCAAAGUUUGUACAAAGCGGGGCCUUCUCUGCUGUGGCACCUUAACUUCAUGUCUCUGCAAGCUGCCUGACUCCUGUAAACUGUUGUUCACUAGUACAAAAGCAGGGGAAUUUUGCAAUUUGUGGAUUGAAGAAAGAGCCUAGCAAUCUACACAGACCCAACUUUCUCAGGGUUUCCUUUUUGCAAAGAGGCCACGGCCAUAAAAUCACAUUAGGUUUGUAGUAGAUUCAUCCUGCUGAGUGAUGCGUCUUUUUUAUUUCUUUAAUAACAUGUAUUUUUAAAAAAACCCUCUUAAGUUGCUUCUAGGGACGCAGGUGGCGCUGUGGGCAUAGGGCUUGCCGAUCAGAAGGUCAGCAGUUCGAAUCCCUGCAAUGGGGUGGGCUCCCGUUGUUCAGUCCCUGCUCCUGCCCACCUAGCAGUUCGAAAGCAUGUCAAAGUGCAAGUAGAUAAAUAGGUACCACUCCGGCAGGGAGGUAAAAAGCGUUUCCGUAUGCUGUUCUGGUUCGCCAGAAGCAGCUUAGUCAUGCUGGCCACAUGGCCCGGAAGCUGUACGCCGGCUCCCUCGGCCAGUAAAGCAAGAUGAGCGCCACAACCCCAGAGUCAUCUGCGACUGGACCUAAUGGUCAGGGUUCCCUUUACCUUUUAAGUUGCUUCUAAAAGGCUUUGUGGAGAAUCACUGGGAAAGCUGGAGUAAUAGUAUUGUAAGCUUCCCCUAAAAAACAGGACUUCACUGCAGGAGCCAUAUUCCUGCCCAGGCCAUAGGUCAGGGGUGGGCGGUGCCAGAGGCAAAAUGGGGCGGGGCAGUGAAUGCUAAUUUUACCUUUGGGCACCGUAGGCCGUUUCCCACAAACACACUUGAACCACCCCUCUCUACCCUCCAUCCAGGGAAGCAUUGUUGCAGUUGAAGGGCACAUUUCUAGCCAGGCAAAAACAGUGGGACUUGUGAGGGGCAUGGCCUGGGGGAGAGAAAGUGUGUCUUAGAGAGAGUCCCAAGGGCCAGAUACAGAGGAGCGGAGGGCCGCAUUUGGCUGCUAUCUAUCAUCUAUCUAUCACCAUGAUGAAUUGGACUAGUGAUGCUAAGAGGAAUGGAUAGUGUGGGGAGCCUUGCUUCUGUCUGUGUGUGAGAGAGAGGGAGGCGGGGGAAAGAGAAAGGUCAGGGGGUUUGGACGCCUCGGGCCAGAGCCGCGUUGAAUUUCCGAGAACGAGGCCCCGUGUAAGAUGGCCUCCCCUCGCCUGCCAGAUUUGAUCAAUGGCCUGUCUGCGGUCGCAGUGGGGAGAGGCGGCGGCGGACUCAUUCCUCUCAUUUACCGGCUGACGGAGCUCCAGGAGGGGAGGCUGGCUGCUGCGGGCGGUUAUUAAUGGCUUGGGGAGAGCUGGUGGAUUGCCUUGUCACGAGGCAAUUAAAGCCGGCGAGGAGCCGCUUCGCUGGCUGCUGCCUCUCCCCACGCCAGGGCCCGUAAUGAGCGAUCUGUCCGCAUUAAGCGACGGUGCGCCUCUAAUGAACUUUAGCGCGUUCAUUCAUUUAUCCAGCACGUAAUCAUAUUACGCCAAUUUAAUAUUGGGGGGAGGGGGGAGGGUUGUGUGGGGCGGCCAGAGGGAACGGUCUUCCUCCCCCCCCCCCGCUCCCCGGUUCGUUACGGGAACGAAUUUCCUGGUGCGUGACUGUGCAUACAUUACUAGCCAGCCUGAUCUGUAAUGAGCAACGAUUGUAUAUGUUUGUGUGUGUGUAUGUGUGUGUGCGGUUGUGUGCCGGGUGAGGAUGGACGUGUUCCUUUUAUCAGAUAAUUAGCCUGUCGACCCAAAUGUCAGUGGGUAAGGAAGGGGGAGGAAGAGGAGGAGGGAGGAGGAAGAAUAGAUUAUGUAAUAACCAUAGAUGAUUAUCUCAGAUUUUACCUCAGGGGAGUUUUGUGCUUCUUUCUCUCUUCUUUUCUCUUCCUCUCUCUCUUGCUUAUAACUUACAUUUCCCUGCCUCUUGUACGUUUUUGACUAAAUGAAAGCUAUAAUUCACUAGAAGUGUGUGUGUCUAUACAUUUACUCUGCCUGUUUGUAAAAUGCAGCCAAACUUGUUGUUUGUGGUGUGUUGUGGUUGUUUGUUCUGUUGUUGUUAUUCCCACCCCACCUUUCAACUGAGGAAUUCAGCUGACAGCAUGGCUGAAACAGCCUCAUGUUGCAGUAAUAAUAAUGAUAAUGAUAAAAUAAAUAAAUAAAAACACAACCUAAAACCAUGAACAGAGCUCGAAAGACAAGAUUAGCUUCCCUCUCUAUCCGGAGGAUUGUGAGGGGAUUUGCAGUACCUAGGAAGCUGCCUUAUUCUGAGCCCAACCCCUUGGUCCAUCUGCCAAAGUAUCGUCAACACUGACUGGCAGCAGCUUUCCAGGGUUUCAGGCAAGGGAACCUUUCUGAGCCCUGCCUGGAGAUGCCAGGGAUUGAACCUGGGGCCUUCUGUGUGCUGUGGCCCUUCCCAAAUUUCCCUUUUCCUCUUUCAGUCUCAUUUUCUGUUCACAUCAGCUCUCUUGAGAUUGACUGGUAUGAUUUGUUGUGUGAACUUCAUGGCUGAGUAGGGAUUUGAACCCAGGUCUCUGGUCAUUCAGCUGCUGCCUUGGUCCCUCCCUAUAACCUUUCCAGCUGGAGAGUUAAUAUAGACUGGUUGUCCUUCUUAGACCUACUCCACUGUGGGAUAAUUUGUGUGUUUCUGUGUGUUUGUAAGGAUCAGCAUUUGGUUAUUUUGGGGUAGAGAGCAUCACCAGUUGCCCUAAAACACAUAUCUUCUCUAAGGUGAGUGGUGUUUACAGCUGGGAUAUCUCAUUCGGAAGAGCAUGAGACUCUUAAUCUCAGGGUUGUGGAUUUGAGCCCCAUGUUGGGAAAAGAUUCCUGCAUUGCAGGGGUUGGACUAGAUGACCCUCGUGGUACCUUACAACUCUACAAUUCUAUGAUUCCUUAUGCCCAUUUUAUGGAUGAGGGAAACCAAUGCAUUGAGUAGCAUGAUGGAGAGAAUGCCAUUUUAGGGCAGGGGUUGGGGGAAUCUGGGGCGCUCCAGAUGUAGCUCACUUCUAGCUUCUGUCACCACUGACCUUUGGCCAUCCAAGUUUGGACUGAUGGGAGCUGGAUGUGACCUCUGGAAGGUCACAAAUUCCCCACCCCUGUUUUAAUCAACCUUAAUCAAAGCCAGAGCAGCCACUCAUGCAGAGACACAGCAAGCAGCCUCCUUUUCCAGAUGGUGGUCCCAGGAGCCUUUUGUGCAGGAAUGGAGAACCUGUGCCCACCCCACCCCGAUAUUGCUUAACUACAGUUCCCACCAUUGCUGACAGUUGGCCAUGCUUGACUGGGACUCAUGGGGACUGGGAUUCCAGCAGCCUUUGGAGGGCCACAUGUAUCCCAUCCCUGCCUUGCUGGAUCUGAGCAAAUGUCAGCCUUGCAUUUUCCUACAGUGCCUGAGGCGAGGUGCCUUUGGGACGCCCCCAAAUAGGACAUGAGCUGUUUUGACAGUGGAACGGACUCCAUCCAGAGGUUGUUAGGCUCACCUUCCUUAGAGGUUUUAAAGCAGAGGUUGUUUGGCCAUCAGUUAUGGAUGCUUUAGUUGAGAUUCCUGCAUUGCAGGGGUUGGACUAGAUGACCCUCGGGGUCCCUUCCGACUCUACAAUUCUGUGAUUCUAUGACUGCAGCAGCUCUCCCUGUUGGGGAAGGGCCAUAGCUCAGUGCGACGCUGACAGUGAGUGCAGACUGUACUGACCCUAGAUGGACCUAGCUGUCUAAAGUAGCUUCUUAUAUUCUUGUGUCCUAGGGGCUCAGUGGUAGAGUAUCUAACUUGCAGACUGAAUGUGGACAAUACUGAGCUCUAUGAACCAGUGGCCUCAUCAGGCAGCUUCCUAUGGUCCUGUGGUGUGCAGAGUGUCCACAGUGUGGAAGCUCAAGACCCAGUACAGUGGUACCUCGGGUUAAGUACUUAAUUUGUUCCGGAGGUCCGUUCUUAACCUGAAACUGUUCUUAACCUGAAGCACCACUUUAGCUAAUGGGGCCUCCUGCUGCUGCCGCGCUGCCAGAGCACGAUUUCUGUUCUCAUCCUGAAGCAAAGUUCUUAACCCAAGGUACUAUUUCUGGGUUAGCAGAGUCUGUAACCUGAAGCGUCUGUAACCCGAGGUACCACUGUAUUCUGGCCAAAAUAUUUUGAUGGUGCAGGAUUGGGACUACCGAGCUCAUGACUUGAGGCUGGGUUGGUCACUCAUAUGUUCAGUCGGAAUGAAAUGCCACAAGACUUCUGUGCCUGGAAGGGCUGGCAGCACCCCCACCCCACCCGUAUCCACAGCCUGCCCCCACCCCCAACCCAACAUGGCAUGAAACAGACCCUUUCCUUGCAAUGGCUGCAAGCACUCCUGAGGGUGGGGUGGGGAGGGUUAAGGGCGGGGAAGCGUGGAAAAAUUUCCCAUCUUCUCCCCUCCCCUCCCGCCGCACCUCCAGUAAUAGCUUCAUCGUUAAAGUGAUUAAUGCUGCCUUUAGAGCGCUCGCUUCCCAACCAAAUUGUAUUAAAAGUCAGGCUAAUAUCUCCGGUUCUUGCUAGCAGGGAUUCCGGUGGGGGAAAGCGAGGUGGGGGGCUAGAUGAUGUGAACAGGAUGCUCUUAACUCCGUAGUGUCUGGGGGCAUUGCUGUUCUUUCCUCUGCUGGGGGGUUGGUGUGUCUUGGGGAGCAGUCAGUCAGUGGGAAAAAGGAGUGGGAGGCGCAGGAUUCCACAGUGGGUGGUAAUUCUUCCAAACCAACCCCAACCCCCCCCCCGCUCGUCCAGAAAGGCAAACCAAAUGCUCUCAAUCUGUCGUCAUCAUCUCCUGCAAGGAGAGAGGAGUGAUGUAGGUAUUCAGUCCUGCAGGCCAAGGUUCAAAUUCCUUCUGUCGUGAGGCUCCCUGGGUGGCCUUAGGAGAUAGACCCUCUUGCGGCCUUUGGGGCAAAAAGGGAGAUGAGAAAAAUUAAUAAAGCACUUUGUAUGUUUGAAAAUCUGGUGGCUGGUUGGUUUGUAGAGAGGCACUCGUGUCCAUAAUGGGGCUUUAGACACAAGAUUCUCUGCCCCAAAGGAGCUUACAGUCUGAACUUUGGUGAGGGAGAAAGAGUGGCAUCAGAUUAGACCCAGUAAAAUUAUGUUGGGUUAUGUUGUUUAUUUCACAAGAUUUAGAUGUGGUUUACAGAAAGAAUAAAACAAUAAAAUUGUCCGUAAAAAUAAUUUAAAAACAUCAGUAAGUUAAAUCCUGAGCAAAAUGCAUGUCAACAUUUUAUGUUUCUGGGUAGGCUUGCCUAAACAAAAAUGUCUUUUGCAGGCAUUGAAAGGGGCAGGGUGAAGGAACCUGCCUGGUGUCAGUAGGCAGGGAGUUCCAAAGUGUGUUUGCUGCCAUGUUCAUUAACUUCAGUGGGUCUACUACCCUAAGUAAGAGCUAGCACUGGAUAGAACCCAAGAUCAAGAAGGCACAAUAGCAAGCAAAUUCAUUUGCUUAAAGCUGGAUUUCACAGCAUGCCAUUGCUUUAUUGAAUUUGUAGCAAUGGGGCCAAGUAAAAAAGGAUUAGGCAGAUUCGCUGAGAGGGCUGGGUCUAUUGUUUUGCCAUUAGCUGUGAUGGCUUAUGGUAACCUUCCUUUUUCAGAAGAGCUGAUAAAGUUACAAGCUUGCUAGAUCAGGGGAAUGCUGUGGACGUAGUGUAUCUUGAUUUCAGUGAGGCUUUUGACAGUCCCUCAUAUUCUUGCAGAGAAGCUGGUAAAAUGUUGGCUGGAUGAAGUAAUUGUUAGGUGGAUUUUUAGGUGGUUGAACUGAUGGAAUCCAAAGAGUGCUUACAAAUGGUUCUUCAUCAACCUGGAAAAAAGUGAAAAGUGGGGUGCUGCGGGGUUCUGCCCUGGGCCUUUUGUUUUUCAACAUCUUCAUAAAUUAUUUGGAUGAAGGUAUUGAGGGGAGGUUAAUAAAAUUUGCAGAUGACACCAAACUGGGAGGGGUAGCCAGUGCUGCGGAAGACAGAAUUGGGAUCCAGAAUGACCUAAACAGAUUGGAGAACAGGGCCAAAAUUAACAAAAUGAAUUUCAGUAGCGACAAAUGUAAGGUUCUACACUUAGGAAGGAAGAACCAGCUGCACAACUAUAAGAUGGAGGACACCUGGCUUGCCAGCAGUACAUGUGAAAAAUAUCUAGGGGUCUUAGUAGACCACAAGCUUAACAUGAGUCAACAGUGUGAUGGAGCAGCAAAAGAGGCUAAUGCUAUUCUAGGCUGCAUCAACAGACAUCUAGUGUCCCAAUCAAGGGAAGUAAUUGUCUUGUUCUAUUCUGCUUUGGUCAGACCACACCUGAAGUACUGUGUCCACUUCAGGGCACUACAGUUUAAGAAGGAUAUUGACGAGCUGGAACGUUUUGCAGAGGAGGGUGGCCAAGAUGAUAAAAAGUCUGGAAACCAAGCCUUAUGAGGACUGGUUGAAGGAGUUGGGUAUGUUUAGCCUGGAAAAGAGGGUAGGACUCUUCAAGUUACAAGAAAGGGGAUUCCCGACCAAACAUCGGGAAGCACUUUCUGACAGUAAGAGCUGUUCAGUAGUGGAAUGGUCUCCCUUGGGAGGUUGUGGACUCUUCUUCCCACCCUGUGGAACGCCCUCCCACCAGAUGUCAAAGAGAAAAAUAACUACCAAACUUUUAGAAGACAUCUGAAGGCAGCCCUUUUUAGGAAAGCUUUUGAUGUUUAAUAGGUUAUUGUAUUUUAGUGUUUUGUUGGAAGCCGCCCAGAGUGGUAUAAGUAAUUAAUAAUAAUAAUAAUAAUAAUAAUAAUAAUAAUAAUAAUAGUUAUUAUUAUUAUUCUCCCUUGGAGAUUUUUAAGCAGAUGUUGGAUGGCCAUCUGUCAUGUAUGCUUUAGCUGAGAUUCUUGCAUUGCAGGGGGUUGCACCUGAUAACCCUUGGGUUCCCUUCCAAUUCUAUGAUUAUACCUCUGAAUACUAGUUGCUGGGGCUGCGGAGGAGAGCGCUGCUGCCUUCCUGUUCUGCUUGUGAGCUUCCCUGAGACAUUUGGUUGACUACUGUGGAAAGUCAGCUGUUCGCCUGGUCCAAGAGGGCUGUUGUUACGUUCAGUUUGGGAGAAGGGGUGGGUGUCUGUGAAAAUGAAGAUUUCAUGGGCGGGGAAGAGUUUUGAGGAGAGAUUUGAAUGAAGAGAGAGAUGUGGAAAGACCCAUGCAGAUGUUCUGGUUGGGGAGAGUUGCAAAGAAAAAAAAUGAGCAUGGCAGAUCCACCCAGCUGCUCUCCUGUGAUUAAGCUUCUCCCCCUUUCUUUCUAGAAAAUGGUUUUAAAAGUAAGUUACAUAAGCCCGCCUAUGUGCCCCACGCACAGCUCCCUGGCUGAAAAGGUAAUGGGAAAUAAUCAAGGUGCUGGCUCUUGCAAUUGCCGGUCGCAGCUGAGCUCUGUUCAGGAGCCCGGUUUGGGCAGGUUUCCAUCGCCAGGCAGCCGCUGCAGCUGAUAACCCCUUUCCCCCCGCCAGCGGCGUGUGAUGGAUUGGGCUGGGGAGGGGGAUGGCAGAAGAGCCACUUUUUUCUGUUUCUCCUGCGCUUGCAGAGAUAGGCUGCUCAGGUGCUUGUCAGGAUUAUCUCCCGCAGAAGGCAACCCUGCCAUCCAUCUUCUGCUUGGUCCCCAGGGGGGUGGAGAGAGCUGAGCAGUCAGGGAAAAGGCAGGAAGGAAAUCUUUUGAGCCAAAGUGAAUUUGGGGAGAGGGUGGGGAGUUUCUCCAAGUCAGUGUAAACCCAGGGGCUGAUGCAGCCCCCCCCCCCAAACAUCUCUCUCUGGUCCUGGGAACUUUUCCUAGGCUGCCCCAACCCAGGUGAUGGUGCACCAUUUAGUGUUCUGCUCAAGUGGGACCUAGCAGAACUCAGCUGUGAUUGCCAGCACUUCAUAAGGGCUUUAGGGGUCUGUGUGUGUGGCCUGCUGGAUAGGGGGUAUGGCAUGGCUGGAGUGCUGUUCCAGUGGGGGCAUUUUCCCGCAUACGGAAAGGGUGCAGCAUUUGGGGCUUUUUCAGAGUUGACGUGAUAGAAUCAUGCAUGGUGUGCAGAAAGGAAACAGAAAUGCUUUUUUGCUCCCACAAGAGUAAAGGAUGGCCACCUUUAAAAGAGGGUUAGACAAAUUUGUGGAGGGUAAGGCUGUCAGUGGCUACAAGCCAAGAUGGUGGUGUUCUUCCCUCCAGUGUCAGAGACAAUAGGCCUCCGAGUGCCAGUUGAUUGGGAGUCGUAAGUGGAGAGUGUUGCUCAUGUGCUCAGGUUCUGCUAACAAGCUUCCCACCGAGGCAUCUGGUUGGCCCCCGUGAGAACCAGAUCCUGGACCAGAUGGGCCCCUGGCUUGAUCCCUCAAGGCUCUCCUUGUGUUUGUAUAUUGAAGACUGCUUUGCUAUGAUGUAACGCAAAAUUUGGUUGCAAGCCAUCGUGUCAAGGAAUAUAUAGGUUCCCGCCCCCCACCUUGAAAGCGAAGAACACAUGUUGGGUUCUGACUUGUUCUGCUACCUUUCUGUCCGACACCUGAGACUAUGGAGUUUCCCGUGUUGCAAAAGUAUCUUAAAUGUUUUGAUACCCUUUCUGUAAUAAUUUUUUUUGUUUUUUGUAUCGGUCUCCUUGCUGCAGGGAAAUCAAAGGCCAAGAAGGACAGUUUAGAUGACACUUCAUUUGGCAGCAGUGAGGAAGAGGAUGACAGCGAUGAAGGAGAGUACAAAGUGGAGGACGGCGAAGAAGAGGAUGACGACGACGAGAGCUCCAGUGAUACAGAUGGUAAGAGAGCGCUGCCGCGGCUUCCUUUGGAGGAAUGACGUUGGGCAUCUCGGUGAGGCGAGAUGUAGGCUUUUGCUUCUGUGCUCCUGACCUCUAGUAUAGGAUCUGAAGGAAUAUGCCUUUCACCUGUUACGUUUUUUUGGAAAUGGGUUUGCUUGCUACGCAGCUUGCAUUUUGCCAGGUGUGUGUGUGCAUGACACACACACACGUACGUUCCUGGCUGUCAUCUCUCUGCACACCUCGUACUGUCUUGCUGGUGAUCCCUUUAAGAGGAGUAGCUGGUGCCCAUGGAGGAAGGUGCUGGGUAGGAUCCAGCCACUUACCCGCUACACUGGUGUGUGUGUGUGUGUGUGUGCGUGUGUGCGCGCGCAUACCAAUUCCAUCGGUUUGGCCUGAAAAGAUAAGCAGUGGAGGUCCUUGAAGCAGGGCCCAGGGUGGUGACAAGCAGUGUUUUUGCCUCGGGUGACGAUCCACGCAAACAAGAGAAGUCUCCGCCAGGAGAAGAACCUUGCUUGUCAAGAGUGCCACCGGCUCUGGCUGUCCUUUCCCAUUAUCUCCAAGUGCGCUACUGCCUUCCCCUUCUCUCUGAGGGGUGAGGUUUAAAGGACGUAAAGCCCUUUUGGGGUGGCGAUGAUGGUGCAGGGAUGUCCACCCCUCCUCCCCCCUCUCCUUAACAAGAUUUCUCUCCUGGCUUUGAGGUGAAAAUGAGAGGAGAGCUGUGCCCAGCCCCACUGACUGAUUCACUGUGACAGAUGGCAGAGGGUUGGCACACGGACCUUGGUGCCGUUGCCCAGAAUAGAUGAACAGCAGAGAUGGGAGCGAACAUUGGCUGGGAACGCUUGGCAGUCUCCUUGCCGGCUCUUGGAGCUAUUUCUAUCUGGGGCUGCCAGAGCCUGGCAAGGCAAACUGCUCCCACGGCUGCCUCUCUCUCUCAGUGCUUGUUUCGGGGCGGAUGUUACCAGUUGGCCCCUCCCUCGAGAUGUGCAGUGACAUUUGUUGGGGGGGGGAAACACCCUUCCAGAACUGCAAUACUGUAAUAAGCAUUUUAAUGCAGGGGCUUACGCGCCCAUGUUUCUGCGUGGGCCAGCACAUGAGAGCAUGUGCUUUGCAUGCAGAAGGUCCCCAGGUUCAAUCCACAGCAUCUUAAGAAAGGGCAGAGAAAUGUCCCUUACUGUCCGCACUAUGGUGGUGGGUCUCCCAAGGAUUUCAGACCUUUGGCAUGUAAUUUUUAAACAUUUACCUGUUCUUCACCCCAAAGUCCCAGGGACAAUUGCAGCCAUUAGCUUGAUUUUUCAAUACCAGUGAUCAUCUCGAGCUUUGAAAUGCAACUUGCAUGACCUGCUUGGGCAAAGGGGCUUUGGGGUACUGGCCUUGUACUGUAAAUAGGUAUAGGGAUCUUGCUGCCCUCUAGAAGAUAUUGGAACACCAAUUCCCAUCAGCCAGCAUGGCCAGUUGUCAGGGAUGAUGGGAGUUGUAGUCCCACGACAUGUGGAGGGCCUUGCAUUUCUUGUGUCUGUCUUAAUGUACGCUGUUGCCUAGGAGUUGCAACCUACUGAAUUCUACUCACAGUAAACCUAUGGACCCAGAUUCAACUAAGCAGUUGCACUAAUGGGAGCUGGUGGAACAAGUUAUGCAAGCGCAACAAGGGGUCUCCCCCGCUAUGGGAAGGGUCAGUAGAAAACCCAGAACAGCCCAUGUGGGGAGGAAAAGAAAGACUGUUUGGUCUGGCAUGCACAAAUGCUUGUAUCGAGGGAUUCCUUUCAUUGAAAUAAAUGGACCGAUGCUAGCCAUGGCCAUGAAUUUCAGUGGGUCUGCUCUGAGGAUGAGCACUGCAUACAACCCCAGGACUGUUCUCUCUCCCCUAAGGAUGGCUGGGGCUGAGAUUUCAGGGAAAACAGCCUGCCCCAUGUUUUAAACUCAAGAGUCCCACUUAGAAAGAGCAGUGCAGGGCAGUGGGGGGAAUGACAACUUUUUGCACCUCCCUUUCCAAAACGCCUUGUUUUUUUAUUCCAAAUUGCAAUAAGAGGAGCACAGAAGCACUUGUUCACCCUCCCUUCCAUCCCUGCUAUCUGGAAGAUGCAGCGGUGGCGAUAAAUUAAUUAAUGCUUGUGAUUAAUUAGCAAUGAGCCGCUUCUGCCUGCCUCUUUCUCCCUCUCCCCUCCUCUUCCUUCCUGAUAAGGCAGGAUUUACACCUCUCUCUCCCCCCCUUCCACAGGGGGAGGCGAAGGGGCCGGCCGCAAGGGCGUCGGGAAACAGCUGUCACGGGCGGAGCUGAAGCAGCUGGCACAGGGACCCGAAGACAUGGUGGAAGACUUGGACUUCUCUGAUGCUGACUGACAGCUGCGCCAACAGACAACUGGGAUGGGUAUUGUGAGGGGCAAGGGAAAUGGAUCUGGAGGUGUUGCGUUUGUGGUAGGGUAACCCACGUGCCCCUUUAAAGCAGGGGCAGGAAGUUGCUCCACUGAGGCCACCUCCCCUGUGCCCCAAGGCACCACUUGAAACGCGAAAAUCUUGUGCAGCAGAGUUUUAUAUGUUUUGGAGAAACACAGUAAAAUUUGUGGCUUUGCCAGCAGCAGUAAAGUGGCUCAGGCAAGGAGAUAAAAAGGCCCUUGUUAAAACCUGCCACUUUAUAAAUAACGUGGGGAGGGCGGAUCCGCCACCUCCAAAUCCCCAUUUUGUUGGAAGGAAGCCAGCCCCAAGCCCACCAGCACGGCCAGAGCUUGUGUUGUCCAUUAUUAGCCAGCCACCGCUUUCAGUGGGGGAAGCACCAGCAAUUGACUGGUGGCAGGUUCUCCUAAUAUUACCUUGCCUAUUCCACAGAGCUUCUAGGGGCGCAGAGAAGUCUUUCUUUUCCAGCCAGUGCCCUCUGCCAUUUAAACCCCUCCCUGGUACAGCUACGCUAAGCAGAUUCUAGGAAAGAGAAGGGCUAAUAGUUGGGUGUCUGUGGGCAGAAGAGCUCUGCGCUGGGAACUGUAGUUCGCUAGAUUCACCUCUGCCACCUUUGUGCACUUACCCCCGACUCAACUCUGUGUAUUAUUUUUUGUACUUUUGCAAGACUCUUUUUUAAGGACACAGCCGGCCCACGGAGCAACCAUUUUAUAAAUUAAGUGAUUUCUUUUUUAUUAUUAUUAUUUAAAUCGAUUUGCUGGAAAGCGUUGGCCUGGAUGUGAUGGAUAACGACCAUUUACAAUAUAUAAAGAAGCGAAGGUACCAUUGAGCGAACUGUUUGAUUCCCCACCCCC